GAGUGAGUCAGUCAGUGCUGUGUGGAGCUGAGUUCAGGUCUAGGUAGGAGCGAGCAGUCAUGGACACUUCUGAUCAAGGUGAGUGCUCCCUGUCUGAUCUAAGCUGGGCUUCAACAGGGCUGGAGGGGCUGUGGGUGAAUAGCAUGUGCCACCAUAUUGCUACUCUCUGACUUCCCCCACGUGGAGUCCUUACCUGCAUGUCUCCCCUGUAAUCCCUGCACCUGUCUGAGUGCCACUGAUUGCUUAUAGCAUAUGGAAGGAUACCUUGCCCUCACAUGGCUCUUAUAAUAAAACACUGCUUAAUACUAUAUAUAUAUAUAUAUAUAUAUAUAUAUAUAUAUAUAUAUAUAUAUAUAUAUGACCUAAGGCUUGCCAGUCAGAUAUUGAAAUCUGGGGCUCUACCUAAAGCAUUGUCCUUGAUGAGUUGUAGUCUAAAUUUAGGCUGCUGUUGGUUUGUCAUUUAAUUAAAGUUCAUUUUACAGCUAUACAGACACCUGGUCUCUUCUUUGCAGGCAGGGGAAUGUAAAUCAUUAAAACAUGAGCCCAUGGCAGGUGUGAUCUGAUUAGUUUUAUUUUUUUUUUUACUGUAAAUAAACAUCUGUGGGAUGCCUGUAGCAGUAAUGAAGUUGUUAUGGUAUCUCAGUCUCUCAUUGCCUGUUUUGCAGAUUUUAGUGACACAGACAAUUUUUUUUGUGUCAUUAUGCACAAGGCUGUUUCCAUGCCAUGCCCUCCCCCUGUGAUGUGUCCUUCCUGCCCAGCUCACAUGAUGCUUGGCCUGACAGCUGUGAAUAAACAUGUGUCUGACAUUCUGCAAUGGAGGGUCUGGCAGUGCCUGGCAACCAGCACUUAGAUCUGUGUUUAUUUGAGCACUGCCAUGCUGCUUACUUUACCAUCUGAGUUCUAUAAUAAACUGGGACUGGAAAUGAUUUGAUUGCAAAUGCCCAGUAGGCUGGUUUUAUUACCACUAAUACUGAUUUAAUCCUCAUUCUGGAUAAAGAUUAGAUGUUAUUGAGUUUUUAUUUGAUAAUUUUUAUUUUUUAUUUUUUUUUACCAUAUGAAAGCACUGAUGUACCAUAACUUAUUAAAGUCACAUUAAUUAAGUUGCCUUAAAUCAGUUAACGCUUUUUUUUUUUUUUUGGUAGAUGUGGGUUUUCUUUUUCAUUAAUUUGGAUUUUGCGGGCAAGCUACACAGGGUCAUUCACUGAUCCAUCAAUGUUCACAUGAGACUGGACCCAGGAAUGUUUAAAUAGUAUAGUGCAAUGGAUGUGCUUUACAACUGUUGCAUUACAACACCCAAACUGGGAGUCAUAGGCUGAUAGAGAAUAUUUGGUUUUGUAGCCUAAGUAUAUUAGAGGGUUAUAUUUGGGGGUCACAAAUCUGCGCUCUUUGCUUACCCACUCCUUCUCUCUUACCUGUUACAUAAAAUGUUGCCAUAUGUUCACUUAAUUUAUGAACAGUGUAUUCUUUUAUUAUAUUGUGCUUGGAUUAGGGACACCUGUUAAUUACACAAUCCAUAACAGUGCAUUUAUUAAUAAAACCCUGAGGUAUAUAUUUUUGAAAGGCGUUCCUAUAUAAAUUAAUGAUGUAGCAAGCCUGUGGAUUCAUCUUCCAUUGCCCCAUCCCUGCACAUACUACAUACAUUUACUGUCAGCAACCACAUGUGUUACAUAAUUUGUCUGAUCUAUAGAUUUCUCUUCCUUUUUUUUUAAUUUUUUAUUUUUUUUAUUUCCCCAUUUAAUGUAUUUGCUUAAAUCUACACGAUUUAUGUUCUCGGUUCUUCAUUUCUUGUUGUUUUUAGUUUUUUGUUAAUAAACAAUUGUCCUUAUUCAUUGAAAUAGCUGCUUAUGUGUGAUAUAUCUAUACUGUGUCGUGUUGUAGUUCAUCGCGUGUUCACUGAAUUGCUGUUUGCAAAGGUUAUUAAACAAACAUUACAGCUAUGCCUGAUGUGGCAUAGCGCUAUAUUAUUUUAUUUAUUUUAUUUUUGGACACUUGCAAUGACUGUGAACUGUAUGCUGACAUAGACAUUAUUUAUUUUCCCAAAGGAGCAGUCAACUCCCUCACUGUUAAAAGAUACAUUCAUUAAACAAGAUUCCCGAUUUGUAGAAAGUAAUUAGCACGGGGUCUGUAUGGAGUGUGUGUGAAUGCACACUUUAUAGACUGGGGUUCAACCUUUCGUGACACUUGCGCUUUAUUGAUUGCUAAUCUUGGCACUACUGCUGUUGUGGACCAGGUUUCCCAUAAUGUCCAACCAACCAUAAAGAGUGCUGAGUAUUGGCCAUCACUGCCUUAAACUAUCUUGCAGGAUACCAUGUAAUUGGUAAACAAUUAAAAUUAUUUAUAUAGCUCUAACACAUUCCGCAGCGCUGUACAAUAGAUAAACCAAGACAAUUUAAUUCUGACAAAAUACAUGAGGGCCCUGCCCAAAUAAGCUUACACUCUAAAAAGCUGGGAAGCCUAAUGGGCUCACCCUAGAUCCCAUCCUGCAAGAUGUACAUACAAAGAGUGUUACUCUUCUUUAUAAGCAAGAUGGGACAAAUUUACAUAGAAUUGUUAAGAAAUACACAAUCAGAAGUCGGCAAGGGAAAGGAUGCUGUAAACAGAUUGCUGUAGAAAUCCUACAUAAAAAUAUGUACCAUUAGUAUAACUUUAGGAUCCAUGGCUACGUGGCAUUUAUCCAGUUCUGCUCCCAAGCCCUUUUGACUGGAUUGGCAUCUUAUGGUUCUUUUACUGGCAUGAUACCAGUAGGUAUUAGGGUCAAAUGUUUGUAUUACAAUCUCUAAAUUAUUCACUUUAGAAAUAUGGCAAAUCCUGAACACACAUGUUUACGGUAGCUUUAAAAGCCCACACAGUAUGUGUUUUGCACUGAGUGAUCAGUUGGGUAUCCUUUUCCCAUUUACAUUGUCUGGAUGAGAAACUAUAGUUGUUUCUUGCAGACUUUCACAUGGUUAUUAACUAAAAUUAAAAAAAAAUCUAAGUGAAUUUCAAAUUUUAAGGCAUAAAUGGCCAACCUGAAAGCAAAGCUGAUUUAGACAAUUUUUCCAGUUCCACUAUUUUGGCCUUAAAUUUGAAAUUCCCUAUUUUUUAUAUGUAUGUGUGUUUUUUUUAUAGUUAAAGUGGAGGGGGGCGGGCUGAAUCUAGAUAGGGACUAGGGCAUUAUAGGUUUAGGAAUACAUGUUUAUAUCUAACACUAUAAUGUUACUUUAAACUUUGAAUUCCCAGCAGUUUCACUAUAGUGAGUGAACUUAUCUUUAAAUAGCUCAUGUUUUGAUCACAUUGUAGGUAUAUUUGUGAUUGAGUUAGUUAAAUCUAAGGUUUACCAUAUCUGCAUUAGAGAUGAAUUAAAGGGACUCUCUAGUGCCAGGAAUACAAAUCUGUUUCCCUGGCACUGCAGAAUCCUGCAGUGCCCACCUCCCAUCCCAUGUUGCUGAAGGGGUUAAAACCCCUUCAGUAACUUCCCUGAAUCCAGCUCCAAUGUCCCUUGGCACUGGGUCAGGCUCCGCCCACACCUCCUCCGCCGACGUUAGCCGGCAGGGGAGACCUAAUGCGCAUGCGUGGCAAUGGGCGCUCGCACACACAAGACCUCCCCAUAGGAAAGCAUUAUUUAAUGCUUUCCUAUGGGGAUUCCGGCGACGCCGGAGGUUCUCAUGCAGUGCGUAAGGACGUCCAGCGUCAUUUAAAACACUUUUCCUGUUUUUAAGAAGCCUGAAGUCACUCUAGAGGAGGACUUAACCAUGCAAGGUAAUUAUUACACUUGCAGGGUUAAGGGUGAUGGGAGAUUGCACCCAGACCACUCCAAUGGGCAGAAGUGGUCUAGGUGCCUGCAGUGUCCCUUUAACGUUUGACUAACAUGUUAGCUGAAAAUGAUCUGCAUUUGCAGGGUGCCUUUAACCCUUUCACAUAUUCUUAUCUUAGGCACAAUUAUCUCCUUUAAGUUCAUAGUGGUUAUGCCUUUGCAUUGUUAAUCAUGUUAAUAAUGUAGAAUUGUGGCGACAGCAGCACUACAUGUUUGUAGACUUCCAAAUUGUCAGUGGCAUAUGGUCGGGAUGGAUGAAUCCCAGGAGCCCGGGAGCCAUAGCUUUUAAUAUUUUACAACUGGCGCCAAACUUUGUGACAUUUUCCAACAAUCUUUGUCUGGAACACUUGUGCUUUAUGUUGUCAUCCUAUCGUAUGAUUACUUUUUGAUAAGUAAGAUAACACCCCCUCUUUUCUCCCCCCCUCCCUCCGCUCCCCAAAAAAACAAAAACAAAUGCAAGAAAAAGGCCACUUACAUUUUGUGCACCGUGUGUUUUUUUUUGUUUUUGUUUUUUUUUUGUAUUUUACAUUUUAUAAAGUUUGCUUGCAAAAUUAGCAGCCAUUCAGAUAUUUAGACAUAUAUUUCCUACCAUUCUUCUGCCUGGCCUGAUGUGUUUGCAAUCUCUCCUGGGGAUCAGCACUGCUUACAUGUGGCUAGUACAUAUAUACAUAAAAUAAUAUUUAGUGUUCAUAUAUCUGACAUUCUGUACAUUUGCCAGCUCUCUGGCAGACACAGUGUAUAGACACACCAAUUAAGGCCGUAGUUUUAGAAACGAAGAUAAAAUGCAUCAACGAAAGUUCUGACCACUUUUUAAUAAUAAUAAAAAUCUCUGCUAGUGGCAUUACUCAAUACGAGAAUAGUUAGCACAGACUAUGUGAGCAUGCCACAUCAGCGAUUGGGCACCAUUUAUUACUGUCUGUGCCAAUACGCCUGGGUGCACUUUGGCAGCAUUACUGAAUUCAAAAUUCGCUUUUUUGGGGAUGUUUAUUAUGAGGGAGAUUUUUAAGUGAUUAAGUAAAGCAACGGAAGACAAUAACAUUGUACACAUUCAAUGACCUAUUUACAGUCUUACAAUAUUUUAUGGGAAUUAAAGGUAAUUUGCUCUUUAAAUUGUGUACAUAAAUUUUAGGUUUUACAUUUAAGUUAUGAACAUCAAUUUCAAGCAUUUUACACUCUGAUCAGUGUCCCAAGUAGAAACUUUCUAGGAGCUGGUACCCCCUCAGCUUCUCUGGACGAAUCUGGUCAAAGAUGACCUCAUACCUGUGUGUAUGGCAGCGCCUUACAUACACUACCCACAAUGACUUUGUAGUGCUCUGAACCCAAACGGCACCUUGUCUGUGCCUACAGCAUGGAAACCUGUUAGACCAGCUCUACUGCAAAUUCCGAAAGGCGAGAAGACCAAAACCGUAUUUUUAUUUAUCUAUUUUUUAAUGUAACAUUUAGGGAAUGAUGGUCAUGGCGUUUUCCACCAUAAAUGCCAAUUUGUGGCUCUGCCUAACAUGACUCUACAGCUGCAGUGACUUCUUAUCAGCGUUUUGCUUUUGAGAAUAUUAAAAGCAGAUACAGUAUUCUUUCAGCUGCUGGGGAACUGCAGCUCCUAUUAGCCAGUAUUUUGUUGGAGGUGUUAGGACUUGUUUUCCAACCCUUAUAGUUUAAUUCUGCAGAAUGGUUACUUCCAAAUAAAUCUUUUAUUACAGGCAUUGUGCUGCAAUAUAAAAACCCUAUUUUGUUAUGGCAUACCAGUGAUUGUAUUGGACCCAUGGAUUUAUGAUGUCGAUUGACUUGUGAGGCAGGAAUCUAAAUGAGACGUAGUCUAACUGAUGUAAAACAGAAUGCUAUCUAUGCAGGUAAAUUGGAAUUUCUCACUGGCUGCCACAAGUAUUGGCUGACCGCUAUGCAGAAGACGUCCAGCGUCACCCAAAACCUCACAGGAAAGCAUUGGGGUGGGUUUGGGGGGUGGGGGGGGAGGGCUUGACUGAAGGGGAAGCUAUAGUGCCAGGUAAACGAGUUUGAUUUUCUGGCACUAUAUUUUUUCUUUAAAAAAAAACCAAACAACUCCAAGCAUCAUCACCAUCACUGUGCACUGUGGUGGUUAUAGUGCCCCCACAGCAGUGCAAGGCCAGCUCAAAUGCUGAAAGUGACAAGUAAGAAUUUAAAUCAUUCUAAAACUGUUUUACUACUUAAAGUAGAGGGGUUGAAGGGUACUACUGGCACCAUAAGACCAUAACCUUUACAGUGCGUUGGAAUGGAAUGUAACUUGAAACAGAAAAACCACACCCUGGUUUCCUUAAGUAGUAAUUAAGGGAACCUUUUUUUUUCCUUUUAAAUUAAAAGCCUCUUUGAUUACAACGAUUUAUGGGGACUUCUCUUACAUAAUCAGGAUCCUGUUUAUAUCACAUAUUCUAUGAACAAUAGAUAGGGUAGAGAGGAGUAAUGGGUCUGUUUGUUUUUGUCUUGUUUUUGCACUGUAUAAGUUAUUCAUACUAUCAUUUCAGUAGACUAGUUGUGGAAAAACAAUGUAAUUAUUGUUUGAGGAUGGGAGAAGAAAAUGCAAUCUAGUGAAAAGUAAUGCCUGCAAUGUACUGUAAGUGUGAACAUAGUCCCUCCAGCUGUUAUGGAUUAGACUUAAACAAUUAUACUUUAGUUAGCCCUUGUGAGAAGUUGUCCAUAGCAGUUUGAGUUCCGCAGGUUGACCUUCAAUGUGUUAGUGUCCAGGCGGUGGCUGCUUGUUUUGGUGGCUGUCAGUGCAAGGAUGGUCAGGGUUUUGCUAGCAGCUAUGCAUGAAUUUUAAUUGGUAAAUGUAUUUCCAGAAUCUAAGGGAAGAUGCCAGUUAUGGCUAAUCUAAAUAGCUCCUAUCAGACCUACACCCAAGGGAAAGUAGAUAAGAUUAAGGGCUUGGUUAUUGUGUCAGACCUACUCCCUGGGUGAAUUAUCUUAAAAAAAAAUAAAUAAAAAAAAAAAAAAUGUAUUAUACAAAUUUAAUGGAUUAAAAAUGUUGUGUGUGUAUAUAGUGGGGUGACAGGGGCUGUAGCGGAGGAGAAUAGUCUGUAGUGGGAGGAUAGGGACCAUUGUAUAGUGGGCAUAGUGAGGUGAUGGGUUGUGGUUGGGUGUCAGGGGGCUAUAUUGAGGAGUCAUUGGCUGUAUAAAAGUUUCUUCCCCCUCCCCAGGUUCCCUGGCAGUCCGUUGGGAGAUACAGCUGGGGAUGCAGAUUGAUAUUUCCAUCCGGUUCCAGGAAAUGUAUCAUAGCAUUGUCGCGGCAACAUUCUGAUAAAGUGUAGGCAAUGGAGACCUAUUAUGGUCUCUUUAUUUAGCGCCGGCCCUGCAGGCUACACAGAAGGAGAAAUGGCUAGCUUGUGAGGGAGAUCCUUGAUUUCCCCUCGGCCAUGCUGCCACUCUACUGCAUGCUGAGCAUUGGCCUUGUGGCAAAUGUGGCCCUUUACUGAUGUCUUCUGUAUAAAAAUGCUUCAAGCGGCAUAAUCCACUGGUGUGAUAGUUCUGGUGUCUAUAAGCUAAGAGGCCCAUUGGGUGACCUUCACACUUAGGGCGACCUGAGGGACUGCCAUUGCAAAGGUAAUAAUCUGUUAAGGAGCCUGCAGAGGGUCCUCUAUUGUGGUGUCAUUCUGUUUGGGAGGAGACCACAUUGUGGAUCUCACACAGCAUGGGCCCUUUAAAACAUAGUACAGUCUCCUCCCAGCGCUCAAAGUAAGCCAUGCGGGAAGGAGGAACAGCCCAGUAAAGCCUCUUGAGCGGAGCCGGUCCCAGGGAAACUGUACUCCUGAUAAGUUAGUUAUUCAAAUUUAGGUAGUUUUAGCCACCCUACUCUUUGCCUAAGUUUGUGUGAGCUUCUGUCAGCGUUUGUGUAUGUGUCUGCCAGUUGGUGUGUGUUACGAACGCUGGUAUUUCAGAUACCCGUUCGUUUUCAUUUCCUCCCAAACUGCUAAAGGCUGACUGAUUAUAACUUGCAGUUCUGGUGUUGAUUUGAACGAUCUCCAGAAGAAAAUACAGCAUCCAUGUAGAUUUCCCUAGCAAUCAGACAUAUACUGAAACAUCAGCCUGAAUUAGAUGAAGGGUACAACAGGAAUGAAUUUAUUCAGACCAACUGGCCGGUUUAUAUGCAAGUCCCCAUGCAAGGGGUUUACUGUGACCUAUUCCAGGGGCAUUCCCCACUGGACCUGAAAGGGGACUGUAACUACAUUGCCGCUCAGGUCCAGGAUACUCCCACACAAAACAAGAUAAUCCCUCCCUGUGCCUGUGAGAUAAUUGAGUCCGGAACUGUACUAAACUCCAUUAUCUCCAGGCACAAAAACCAUACAUUUUACUAACACUUCGAAAAUACUCCCAAAACACAUCGAAACCCCACAACAGUCGCAUCCCUUGAUGGCCCUGAUUUUAGGGGACCAACAUAUCCAAAAAUCACCCAGAUCAGACCAGGGGUUCGGGAUUUCCUUGGAAGUCAUAUUUUGACCGACCGCACACUAAGUCUUAUGCCCAAAACAGUUCCACAGUUUCAGAGGUAGCAGUUGGUCAAUUUCGGGGAGUUUUAAAACCGAACAAAUCCACGAACUGUUCCCCUGGCUCAUAGGUAGCUUUUGUUCCCCUAGUUCGUGGGAACCAACCUACUGAAUAGCGCUCUCCUGGUUGGUUGGUGAAAAGAAGCAGGCGUUCGCGAAGUUGACCGGCAUUCGGAAAGUCGAGUGUCUGAUUUUUAGUUACAGACACUCGACAAACAAGUCCCGCUGCCUUUUUUCGUGGGACUAGAUGGCCGCCGUUUUCUUCAGCACGUGGCCACACAGGAAGAAUCUGCAGUUUGCUUUGUAGUUAAUGAGCCAGGGGGGUGGCCAGUGUUCGGUAGUUUUAUCUACCGAACACGGAAAAUAAAAAAGUUAACGAAACAAAAGGUGUAGUUUCUUCACAGUGUGUAUGUAAGUUGACCUGUGCAUGACUAUCACCACGCAUUGUGUUUUUGCAUGCCUAGUAAUGUGUAUUAGUUUCUGUGUGUGUGUGUGUCUGUCUGGUAGUUUUUCUGGGUGUGUGUUUCCGUGAGUGUAUCUGGAACAUAUGUAUGUGUAUAAGUGCUUACAUCCCAGCAUUCAAAAGCAUUCCUGCACUCAAAUGCAAACAUUACAUACAAAUAUAUCACUACACACAAGUACACUACUGCUUUCAAAUGGCAACAGUACAACCUAACAACUGCAGUGAAAUGAAAACACUAUAAACAUACUCUAUACAAAAACAUGCAUGCAAUUAAUACUCACAGAUACAACCCUGAAAACAUGGGCACAUGUUAGAAUCUCAGCUGGCAAUGCAACUUGGGAGAUGUACUACAGAUGGGGCCCUCUUUACGCUAUUUCUGCCAUGGUCAUUACCAAGCUUUAGUGGUUAACAUGCCAGGUGUGCACCUCCUCAUUGUAAGUAGUCAUACAAUUUUAGAAUAGUUUGGCUUCUUACCUGGAUCCAGUAGAGGAUCCGGGGAGGGGGCAACAGGGAAAUUGCUCCCCCCGAGCUGAUGCUCUCUCCUGCAGGGCCAGUGCUGUCCAAGCGCCGGCCUUGCUAAGUGCCUUCACGGACUGGAGGGAAAAUCAGAGAUCUUCCUCCCCGGUCUGCAGGCAUAUUACUGGGCAGCCAGGACGGAUAGAGGAAACCCGGGAGGAGCUCUAGCCUGCAGCUCCGCCAGGUCUCCUCUCACGAGCACAGAGCGUUGCCAUGGUUACCGUGGCAACGCUCCAUUCUCGCGAGAGUGAACUCUAGCCUCAGGACGUGUAGGCUAGAGUUCACUCCCACUAGAAUCGCCUGAGAUUACAAGCAAUAUCCCCCCCCACCCCCUCCCCGGGCAAAGGCAAGAAGGGGGUGGUGGGGAUUCUAAAAAAAAUUUAAUUUAAAAAAUAAAAUAAAAAUUUGUUUUACACUGCCCCCACAGCCCCCCUCCCAAACACACACUGCCUCCACAGCCCCCCCCCACACACACACUUCUCCCCCAUACACACAGUGCUCCCCAUACAAACACUGCACCCACACACACACUACACCCCUAUUCACACAGUGCUCCCCACACAAACACUGCACCCCCACACACACUUCUCCCCAUACAAACAUUACACCCCACAUAUACACACUGCACUCCCAUGCACACAUUACACCACUCACACACACACACUGCCCCUCCUACACACCGUGCUCCCACUGCCUCCCGUAUAUAUAUAUAUACACACACACACACACACACACACACACUGCACCCCUCACACACUUCCUCCCAUACCCACCCUGCAUCCUUCACACACUCAGUGCCUCCCCCCGACACACACACACACACACACACACACACACACUACUAGAGGCCCUAUCCUUGCAGACCCCAGGUAAAUAGUCAAACUGUUCUUAAACUUUUACUCUGGGAGGGCACCAAGGAGAGCUGUAGUGGUUAUUGUGCCUGGAUUGUUUCUUUAAAUAAUCUAUGAGUGCCCCUCCCGAGAUAAGAUUCUGGAUCUGACAGAAACUGCUCUCUGUCUCUACUACAGCCAACAGAGAGCAAGAGGCUCCAUGAAAUCUUCUAAGCUAAGUUCGCUUAACCCCUUAAGGACACAUAACAUGUGUGACGUCAUGAUUCCCUUUUAUUCCAGUAUUUUGGUCCUAUAAGGGGUUAAAGGACCACUAUAGUGCCAGGAGGAUGCCCCGCCGGGCUCUAGGAGGUGGAAGGGGUUAAACUUACCUCUUUCUCCAGCACCGGGCGGGGAACUCUCCUCCUCCUUGGCUGAAUGCGCAUACGCUGGCGUCUUCUCACUGUGAAAAUCACAGUGAGAAGCGCGGAAGUGCCUCUAGCGGCUGUCAAUGAGACAGCCACUAGAGGCUGGAUUAACCCAUAGGUAAACAUAGCAGUUUCUCUGAAACUGCUAUGUUUAUAGAAAAAAGGGUUAAUCCUAGCUGGACCUGGCACCCAGACCACUUCAUGAAGCUGAAGUGGUCUGGGUGCCUAUAGUGGUCCUUUAAGGUGCAAAUGGAGGCGCUUGUGCUUUACAUGUGGUCAUUUGUAAAUGCAUACCUCCCAACAUGUCAAAUGGACAGAGAGGGACACUCUAGGUUUAGGGGUGGGAGUGUGGUCAGGGUGGAGCUGUUCUGAGAUAUUUUAGGAAAUGUACUAAUAUUUGUAACAAAUAUGUAAUUUAAAACAAGCACAAUAUAUCUUAUUUACACAGACUGAUUUCUGAACACAUUUAUUGUAAUUUAAAGACACAUUACUAGGAAUAUUAUAGUUGUGGAGCUCUGUUGUACACUCUGACACCCCAAUAAUAUAGAGCUCCCAGAAAAGGGCAUUAUGAUAGAAAAGAUGGAGAGGGGGAUUUUUGGGCACACAUUAGGGAAUGUCUCUCUGAUAAAGGGACACUUGGGAGGUGUGUGGAUGUGCUGCAUAAGUGUGAGUUUCCCACAAAAAUGUAUUUUUUUAUUUUUUUUCAAUUUGACAAUUUUUAUUUUCCAAUAAAAUGAGUAUAUGGGAUACAGAAGAGAGAUGGGGGGUGGGGGGGUAUGGCAGUACAUCACAUGUUUCCAUCAUAUAGUGUACAUCAUAACCGUUGUUACAUGGUAUAGUACAUUCCAAUAACAUUUUAUCCAUAGUGUUAGACCUGGGCUUGCUCUCUAUCGAUGGGUUCAAGACCCGUCUUGCACUUAGCCCCUGUAUGCGUACCAUUAUGAUCUUUGAUCAAAUGUCACUAACUAUUUGUAUCGAGUAUGGAAUCUACUUCCCAACCUGGGUUCUCUCCGGGUUUUCAAACUUCUAAUCUCUUGUACCUCUCCUCUAGUAUCCCGGUGGGGAAAGGGUUGUACAAACUGGUGGGAUGGGAGGGUGGGGGGGGGGGAGUUUGGCGAGAUCCACGUGUCCCUUCUCCUACCGGUUCUGUUUCCUUAUAGAGUCGGUAUGAUCUGCUCAGGACUCUUGGUCUAUUAGAUGUUCUCUGUCUGUCUUCUCUGCCCUCUCUGGUCCAUAUCCCAUGGGCUCUCUCUCGUACUCCCGGGGGUGUAUCCCUUUGUCUCACAGGGUCCCCUUCGGGGGGACGACUCCCUGGUUUUGGGACUAUUCGCUAUCCUCCUGUUCUUUGGGGGCAUAUGUGGCUUCCCAUCUAACUUGUGCUUCCUCAAAUUUUGGGCUGUUGCUGUAGGUUUUCCUCGCUACCUUUUCGUAGUGUAAGUUAUUGGAGAUUUGCUUUAACAGGGCACUUUUUGUCGGUACCGUUGUGGUUUUCCAUUCUCUAGCUAUGAGCGUCAGGGCUGCUAUCAGUAUGUGGAAGACCAGUAUUGCCCCAGUUCCCUGAAACUGGUCUAAGUUCAUAAAUAGGGGGCCCAAUUCCAGGGUCAGUGUAAUGUUGGUGUCUACCGUCUCUUUAGUUAUGCCCUCUACCAUCUCCCAAUAGGGACGGAUCGUCCCGCACAUCCACCAUAUGUGGUACAUCGUGCCCUCCGUCGCCCCACAUCUCCAGCACUGCGCUGAUGUUCCCUGGUAUAUUUUUGCCAGUCUGGUUGGCACCAUAUACCAUCUAUAAUACACUUUCCUCAUUAAUUCUAGGUGUGAUGUGCACAAUGUCUUCCCCUUGUGUGCCGUUACAGCUUUCUCCCAUUGGGUUUUAUCAAAUUGUUUCCCCAGAUCCAGCUGCCACGCCUCGCUGAAUCUGUCUAGAUGUACUGGGGUACCCACAUUCAGAAGCGAGUAACACAUAGAGAUAGUCCCUUUCCUCUGCUUUUGGUUAAUGCACGUACUCUCUAACCCCGUGAUCGUGCCUACCCCUUGUUCUAUGGGUCUUUGGGCCCCUAGCAUUGAUUUAAGUUGGAGAUAUGGGAAUAUCAGUUUAGAGGGUAGUUUAAAUUUUUCUUGGAGGGCGGGGAAUGGUUUUGGGUUGUUCCCUUCUAGGAGAUCUUACAUGUGUGCAUCCUCUAAAAAUGUAUUUUAAAGUAAUGUUGGGCAUGCUCAGUGAUGAGUUUUACAGCAUUACUAGCAUGCAAAGCAGUCUUGGAAUACUUGUAAUACUAAACUGAUGUACAACUUGCAUGCUUGUAAAAACUCUGUGCAUUGUUAAAUUACAUUCCUUGUCUUCAUUUGAAUUUUGGUAAUGCUGUAAAGAAAUCAAACAGUAGAACGUCAUCCUAAAUCUGUUUUGGGACUGGAAUUUGGCCAGAUGUAGUAGGAGCCCAUAAGUUUGGCAGAAACAUCAUGUGGGCUAUCUGUUAAAGAGCAACCGUGGAGCAAUCACUAUGAAAUAGUUCUGCAGAUUGCUCCACUAUUACAACUUGUCUUCACAUCGGCCCUAUAUAAAUACCCUAUUGCAUUCAAUCCUGAGUUUAGAAUCCAAGAGUAAUCCAGAAUGUCAUGAUAUACCUUCUUAAACACUGCUCAAUUAAACAGAACCUCGGACAUUUUUGCAUGGGGAGGUGGAGAUCUUUAAAUCCUGGCCUGUUAAUGUUUGACUUUCUCUAUAAAUGUUCUUUUGUUCAUUUUUCAAUAUUUCCACCCCUAUCACAAUGGGAUUACAGCUAGUAAAUUGUUUCAAGAACAGUAGGUAUUGAUUUUAGAGAAAAUUUAAUAUUAAUAAAAAUAUUAAACUAAUCAAUGUGAAUUUUUGCUUUUUCUGUUUGUAGUGCAAUGGAUUCCUUGUCACCAGUGAAAGAGCAUAAGGUCAAUACACAGGAGAACACAGCACCUUUUUAUAAAUAGAAUGAUAUAAGGGUUUAGCUCACUGUACCUGUCAAAUCCUGCACAAAUUAGGAUUAAAUAAAAAGCUUUACAUUUCUUCUUUGCAGUGUGCUUGCAGAAAUGCUAGCAGAUUGGUAGACAAGGGAUCAUAUUUUUAAAGAGCAAUACAUUAAAAUCUAUAUGUCUACUUGCCGAUCAAUCAUUGGCUUUACACCGGUGUAGUAGUGGCAGUUCUUCUCCUCCCUGUCACUAUGUUACUGAUACCGCCAGUAUGUUUCCUUGCCCUUUGGACUGCUACAGGAUGUUCAUAAACGUUCUUGGUAUCCUGAUGGCUCAAGAGUGUACUGUUGCGUUUUAAAUGGAUGGCAUCUUGGUCCAAGAGCCUCUUAUGACUUGGUGGUCUGGCAUUCUUGCCUGCUAUUGUACCUCUUGGUCAAUCAAUGGUAGUUUAUCAGUAGAUUGCUGUUGCCUCAUAUGCAGUUUUAGUUGUUGGGGUUGCUUCUGAAUUCCCUGGAAAUUAAACUGUUCUUUGUGGCUGGAGAAUAUUUGCAUCUUGCUCUUGACAGCCUCAAGUGGUGGAAUUCCCAUAUGUUGUUGACCCAGAAGUGUACCUGGUGAGGGAUGCCAGCUUGACUGGUUAGGAGGCUGAGACUUACAAAGAAGUCCGACUUGGUCUCCUCAGGAAGCAAGGCUUUCAGUCAAUUUUCCCAAGCUCAGUGUGAUUUACGUAGCUCUCCUGGCUGGAACUUCAUCUGGAAGUUUGUCAGACAACAUCAUGGAGGUUGUCUAUGUCAGAGGCCUCAAAUAUCAUGGACAAUCAUGGUAACGGCCAUAAGCCAGUAAUGUGAUACAGUCAGUGAUACCCAUUUUCGGUGUACAAAACUACCACAGUCAACAGGUCGUUCACACUGGAUGUUUCCAUCCACAUAGCUUCUUAUUUUUUUGUUCAGUGCACAGUGGUUUAAAGGGACACUAUAGUCACCUGAACAACUUUAGCUUAAUGGAGCAGUUUUGGUGUAAAGAACAUGCCCCUGCAGCCUCACUGCUCAAUCCUCUGCCAUUUAGGAGUUAAAUCCCUUUGUUUAUGAACUCUAGUCACACCUCCCUGCAUGUGACUUGCACAGCCUUCCAUAAACACUUCCUGUAAAGAGAGCCCUAUUUAGGCUUUCUGUAUUGCAAGUUCUGUUUAAUUAAGAUUUUCUUAUCCCCUGCUAUGUUAAUAGCUUGCUAGACCCUGCAAGAGCCUCCUGCAUGUGAUUAAAGUUCAAUUUAGAGAUUGAGAUACAAUUAUUUAAGGUAAAUUACAUCUGUUUGAAAGUGAAACCAGUUUUUUUUUCAUGCAGGCUCUGUCAAUCAUAGCCAGGGGAGGUGUGGCUAGGGCUGCAUAAACAGAAACAAAGUGAUUUAACUCCUAAAUGACAGUGAAUUGAGCAGUGAAAUUGCAGGGGAAUGAUCUAUACACUAAAACUGCUUUAUUUAGCUAAAGUAAUUUAGGUGACUAUAGUGUUCCUUUAACCAAGAUAGACCUAAUGGGCUCUUUAAUGCUCAACUCCUAUUCUAUUGCACCAGAAGCUGAGACCUGAGGGCUAUCCUGCUAGAUGCAGUGAUGGUUCCUUGCAAUGCCUUUGUUACUUUACUCCCUUGCAGAGACUGCUCAUUGAGCUGCACUGGGAAGUCUGUUAUUGGACAACCACAGAAAGCCUGGGAGGGGUUAGGAGGGCAAUGCAAGUGAACUGCAGGUAUUGCAAGCUGAUUUAGAUAUACCACCUGUGAAAUUAAAUGAAUGUAUGUUUUAUUAAGAUUAUAUCUUCCAAAAAAGAUUUAUUUUUUUUGGACCGUGAAGUAUCUUUUUUAAAGGACCACUAUAGUGCCAGGAAAACAAACUCGUUUUCCUGGCACUAUAGUACCCUGAGGGUGCCCCCACUCUCAGGGUCCCACUCCCGUGGCGCUGAAGGGGGAAGAAGGGGUUAAUCCCUUACCUUUUUUCCAGCGCCGGGCUCCAUCGGCGCUGGGACUCUCCUCCCUCUUCUUCAGUCAUCGGCUGAAUGCGCAUGCGCGGAUUCUCAAUGCUUUCCUAUGGACACUGGCGUCUUCUUACUGUGAAAAUCACAGAAGCGCGGAAGCGCCUCUAGCGGCUGUCAAUGAGACAGCCACUAGAGGCUGGAUUAACCCAUAGGUGAACAUAGCAGUUUCUCUGAAACUGCUAUGUUUACCUCGAAAAAGGGUUAAAGUUAGCUGGACCUGGCACCCAGACCACUUCAUUAAGCUGAAGUGGUCUGGGUGCCUAUAGUGGUCCUUUAACCCCUUAAGGACCAAACUUCUGGAAUAAAAGGGAAUCAUGACAUGUCACGCAUGUCAUGUGUCCUUAAGGGGUUAAAAGGACACUAGUCACAAGAACAACUACAGCUUAAUGUAGUUCUGGUGAGUAUAGUAUGUCCCUGCAGGAAUUUUGCUGUAAACACUGUCUUUUCAGAGAAAAGGAGCGUUUGCAUUUACAUUGCUGCCUAGGGUGCUGAUGUUUAGACUCUCCACGCUCUGCAUGGAGACCCUGAACUUGCCCUGUAGAGAUGCAUUUAUUUAAUGCAUCUCUGAGAAGAUGCUGAUUGGGCAGCCGAAUAUUUGACUCAGCCACCCACCACCUUGGCUGAGAUAAUCCGAAUUUCUUAUGGAAAAGCAUUGGACUGGCUGAGAUGUUCAAUUCUGAUGUCAGCCAAGGAGUAAGUUUUAACACUAUUUAAGGGAGGUAAGGGGAGACUGGGUGCCUGAAUAGUGUUUUUAACACUAUAGAGUCAGGAAUCCACAUUUGUGUUCCUGACUCUAUAGUUCAAACUCAAGGAAAAAAUAACACAUUUUGGAAAUUUCCAUCUAGUCGCAUCUUGGGUAUUUUCAAUUCACGGUUUAGUGAAUACAUCUGCUUGUACUAUAUGCAUUUAGCCACAAUGAGUUUUAAUUACAAAAUCAUGAAUUAAUUGAAAUUGGCUUGUGAAUUGUAAACUUUAGGCUGAAAUACAUGAGCGGGAAAAGUAGCUGAUUUGGAGUUUCGUUCCAGUGUCAUGUGAGAGCUGUGGGUUUCACAGAUGUGUCCGCAUAGGAGCUGAUAAGAAUGGUUGUUUUUUUUUUAUUUUAUUUUUUUAUUAGGAUGGCUUUCAAAUACUCAUUGCUGCUUUUAGUGAUGGCUCAGCCCAAAACAGUCAGUUUCAAUUUGUCUGCAUUUGGUUAAAUCCGAAGUAAACAUUUAAUUUAGUUUUAAGCUCAGCAUAACUAGUUAUUAGUUUUAAUAAUUCACAUACAGGUUAUUUUAAGGUUGUUUUUUUUUAUUUUUAAAUGUAUUUUUACUUUUCUCUCUCUGCGGUUUGCUUGUGUUUUUUUUAGAUCUCAAUAAGUUUUGUUAAAGAGACACCCAGGAAGGAGUUGAUCUCCUGUCUUUGUACUGCAUUAAAAGAUGCAAACAUUUAAAGGGUUACUCCAAAAACCAUGACCACUUCAGUGAUGUGUUUUAAAUCUGUUUUAUUGGUUCAUUCAAUAAGCGGUCAUCCCACGCAGGGGAGGUAAGCAAAUCAUAGUUAACAUAUGUCAAAGGCAUUAACCAUCAAGCAUAGUAUGGAUCAAAUUCAAAACAGUCGGUGCCUGGUAGGGCGGAAAAGUUUAAGUAUAUAAACAUAUGUUACGUAUAUUUAACGAUAUUGAUUCUAUGAAUUAUCUGCUAACAUGAGGCAUUAUCUAAAUAUUCAAAUAAAGUAUACAGCAGUAUGUUGAGCUUGAAUUACUCUUGCCCUCUGGCCUAAUAGUUUGGCACAUGUUGUGAGAGUUGCGAUGUUGGAUAAGCGGUCAUCCCACGCAGGGGAGGUAAGCAAAUCUUAUCUAACAGAUGUCAGAGGCAUUUACCAUCAAGCAUAGUAUGAAUCAAAUUCAAACAGUCGGUGCCUGGUAGGGUGGAAAAGUUUAGGUAUAUAAGCAUAUGUUACGUAUAUUUAACGGUAUUGAUUCUAUGGAUUAUCUGCUAAUAUGAAACCUUAUCUAAAUAUUCAGGUAAAGUAUACAGCAGUAUGGUGAACUUGAAUUACUUUUACCCUCUGGCCUAACAGUUUGGCUCAUGUUGUGAGAGUUGUAAUGUUGGAUCAGCAGUCAUCCCACGCAGGGGAGGUAAGCACAUCAUAUUUAACGUAUAUCAGAGGCAUUUACCAUCAAGCAUAAUAUGGAACAAAUUCGCACAGUCUGUGCCUGGUAGGGCGAAAAAAUUUAAGUAUAUAAGCAUAUGUUACGUGUAUUUAAUGGUAUUGAUUCUAAACUGCAAGUACUGAGCCAAUGCUACACACCAGGCUGACUUCACUUGAAUGUUAAGCUUCGUGGUCAUUUACCUUAUAACAGCGGUUUAUGCGUCUUAUGCACCUAUUCGGCUCCCGCGGUGGCUGAGCAUGAUCCCACGCUGCUGCAUGAGGCCGACACAGCUAGCGUGACAUGACGGUCAGACCGCGUAAGUCGAUUUAAUAAAACUGAGGUGGGUGCAGUUUGACCGCGUCUAGCCAGGCCUGAGCCUGUUGGUCUGCUGCAAUCUAUGUAUGUUACCACUUAUUUAAAUUAUGCCUAUCUGGGCAGAAAAUAAAGUGUGCUCCUGGAUUAAUCGUAUAUGUAGAGAAGAUAUGCCGCUGUCCAUUGGUAAGCUAGUAUGGUUACCAAGGUAUACCGCAGCACCUUGGGUGUAUCAGUUUGGUACUUAAUUCAACUGCGUCUAGGUAGGCCUAAACCUGUGUAACUAGCAAGCUAACAAAAGGUAUAUAGUAGUGCUGUCUAACGCAUUGUCAUAGCUGCGUAUUGUUGUUUUAAGCUCUCACAGCAGAUAUGAUAUUUUGGUCAGGCAGUGUGCGGUCGCAGCUAUUGGCGUUGUAUCAGCGCCUAGUAAAUUAUAAACUAUGUAUGCAAUAAAGAUGGGUGCAUAAAAUAUAAAAAUGAUGACAUUAAGAGACUAAUACUGGUCUUGGAAGAAGUCUGAUGAGGGCCUCACUCGGCAGAGCUGCAGUACGUCUCUUAGGUCGCCAAGCCUCCAGCCGCCCUCCCCAGACCGGCUCCCGCCCACUGUCAGAGCCCCCCGUGGCGCUGUGGGCACUCAGGAGUAGAAGCUGUCCACUUGACCCCCACACCUUGAGUCCGCGGGCAGUCCACUCCCUGCACCUCCCCAUCACCACCCAGAACUCAGUGAAACGAGUGCCCCCAUGUCUCUCCCGGUGCCGGCCACAUACUUGGGACCGGCUCACACUCCUCCCGGCCACCGGUCCGCCGGGCGGACUGCGAAGACCUGCCCCACAGGGCUCUCAGCAUCAGGGACAAUGCUUUCCGGGGACCCCCGACCCAGUAGCAAGGGCACCCACCUCUCCAGCGGGCGGGCAGUCAGUGCGGGGGACCCAGCUGGCGGUCAGUAGUGCCAAAGUCCUCACGAGCCGUCCUGAUCCGCUCCUCUUGGUGAGUAUUUAUCAUUCUUACUCCAUCUUUGGUCAUUCAAAGGUGCAUUUUAGCUAGUCCUGGAAAAGGAGGCGAGGGCAGGACCCCUCUGUUGAGAUCUGCUGCCUCCUUGAUCCUGCUUGCUGGUGUCAGCAUCUGCGAGGAAGUAGGCCCGUGGUAUAUGCUGGGCCAGAGGUGUAAGCGGUGGAUGUCCCCCUGUUCACUACCAAUCUUCUCCGCCUCUGGUUCUAUCUCCAUCUGCGCAGGUCUCCUGGCGGGCUGUUCUCCUGACAGCCUGUGCCAGUGUGGGCGAACGGUUGAGAUCCAGCACGGGGCUCCCGUCGUCUGGAGGGCCGUCGCCAUGCGGCCGGGAUAUCCCCCGCCGGCCAAAAAGGGGGGGGAGCGGGGCCGCACCGCCGAUAAGCACUGUAAGUGCACUCUCAGUCUCACGCUGCGGGCAUCCACAAUAGGGUACCCCCGCUUCAUCGGUCCCACUCUCAUGCUACCUGCAUCUAGGCUCCCAGCAGCGUGGAGGCCGGGGAUGUCGGUAUUUCCCCUUCCCGGAUUGCCGUUGGUGACCCGCGGGUAUCCCACAGUAGCUGGGGUUAUGCUCUCCACCAUGCUUGUGAGUAUGUCGGCGUUGGGGCACUCUGAACCUGCAUUUUUGGCCACUUUCAUGUGCUCGGGUCUGGAGCUGAAUCUCGUGGCUGCCUGUCGGCCCGGCGGCCCGGCCCCGCCCCCACUUCAGUGAUGUGAAUUAGACAUAAUGUUUGGCGUUGGUUUGUGCAGCAAACCAACUGUGACACACUGUGAAAAAGGUAACAUAAUAUUAAAAGUGAGAGGUGGUUAAAAAAACCUGGGUUAAUUGUUUCAGUGCCAGGUUAUGACCUGACAUUUUUUUUUUUUUAGGAUACCAAAGGUAUCGUUUAUUAUACCAAGAGGUGAGUAAAAUAGAACUUUUAGUUUGAAAUUCUUUACAAACAUAGUUAGACAUUUGCUGCGAAAUGUGUUACUCUAGGUAGGCUAAUGACGCUGCAAGAGGUAAAGUUAAAUCUGUGCAUAUUUGGCGUCUGUUGUCCGCAUGCAUAGCAUACUCCGUGCUGACCAAAUCCUCCCCUCAGCCUGUCCUCCAGGUUGUCCCUCUGCCUCCUGUAAAGGGGAUGAUGUCACGGGAGGAUUAGGCUGCCAGGAGAACGUGGUCUUGAUGCUGGAUCGAAGAGAAAAAUGUAUGCUUUUAUUCUUUUUGUAUUCCCUUUAGGAGAGGGAAAAACCAUGCCAGUAAGUGUUAAACUGACCAAGUGUUUUUUGUUUCUCAUUAUGUGGGUUUUCCCAGGAAACUGUAAUGCUUUUUCUGAGGUCCAUGUAAGUAGGUUUAUUCACUGAAUAGUACUAAAAAGUAGCUGUCACUAGUAAGAUUUCUGCACAAAUAGUCAAAAAAUUAUUUUUAUGGUUUUCAUGAUGAGGCAAUGUCUGAAGAAUGUGUAAAAUUUUUAUUUUUAUUUUUUAUCUGCUCAAUUGUUGUCAAACUUGAAUGACAAUGAAAUCUGAGAUGCACUAGUGGAAUUUACAGUUUAAAUUAUAAAUUGUGACUCUUAAACUGUUCUGAUUUCACCAACAUGCCCAAAAAAUUAUUUAAAAAAAUCUGUUAUCAAAUAUAUAACCUAAUAGUUGACAAAACCAGACUGCUGCUUAACUGAACAAAGUUUAUGCAGACAUGCUAAACACUGACUUUGAAAAUAUUGGACUUGCUAAGAUUGGCCAACAAAUAUCAGCUACUUCCUAGUUUGAGCAGAGCAUAUUUCAUUUCUUUCUACAAGCCGUUUUAAUACACAGUUCUAAUUAGUACGGUUUGUGUCUGAAACCCUUCAAUUUGUAUACAGAGAAUCUGACAGUAGCAAUAUUUUCACAUUGAUGUACAAUAUGAAUCUAUUGCUCUGGGGCGUAUUCAGGCACAUUGAGCAGGUUUAGUAGACCCCAUCCCCAAUAAAAGCAGUGUGGAUCACAUCUGACCUGCAUGACACACUGUGAAAAAGGUAAUAGAAUAUCAUAAUAUAAGUGAGUGGUGUUGUGGUUAAAAACCCAGGUUAACUUUUUCAGUGCCAGAUUGUGACCUGACCUUUUUAUAUGCGAUGGAAUGGGACUAGUGUGUGAUUAAAGAUAAAAAAUGCCAAAGAUAUAGUUUAUUAUUCCACGAGGUGAGAAACAAAGAACGUUUAACUUUGUUUAUCAUAGUGAUUGUGUGAGUGUGACGCAUACAAAGAUAUAAGAUCACCCAGAGUGUUUUUAAGUCCAGUACGAACACAUUUUCUUUUAUUGUAAAAUGUUGUAAUAAGGAAAUAAAUGCUGUAAGUCAUAGGAUAUGUCAUCAUUUUCAAAGAACAUGAAGGGCAAAAUGAUGUGUAAUGCCAGAACACAAUAUAUUCAAGUAAGCUCUGUUUUUGUAGUUCAGUAUACAGUAGUCCGGUUGCCUUUAAUGUGAGUGUUAAGAUUUACAGCUGGAUUUUAAACCUCACAUGCACACUUUAGAGGUCAUUCUUUCCUACCCACCCCGGUAAUCAUUAUAUAUAAUACCUAAUAAGUAUUCUGUCCACAGAAACAUGAUGCAUUUGGCAAAUAUGGCACAGUCUGAGUAAACUUGUUGCGCUGUUGUACAUUUGUAAAAUAUGUGUGCCAAUCAAAUGCUAACAUGUUUGGUACAAUUGAUUUAAAAAAAAAAAAAAAGUUGCCUUAAAUUUUUUUUUUUUGUGUGUAAUCCCUGUCAAUGCUUACAUAGACUCCUGUCUGCUGAUGGAAUUUUGAGAGCUAUGCAUAUGGUCUGUUACAAAUACAAUUAAACACCAUAACCACUACAGUCCAUUUUACUGGUUAUGAUGUCAGAAGUGCCCAUUGGAAGUAGCCAAAUUGUUUGAAAACAUACUUGUGCAGGACACCGGCCGCCUCCUUCCUGUGUCCUCAGCCAAAACUCUCAGCCAUCAGGGAUACUAUAGUCACCCAGACCCCUUCAGCUCAGUGGUCUGGGUGCAAUGUCCCUCAGGUUUUAACUCCUUUAGGACCGGGCUGUUUUUGCGAUGUUGUACAUUUGCGACCAGGCAUAUUUUUACACUCUUGUGUUUUUUUUGUGUUUAGCUGUAAUUUUCCGCUCUGUUACUGUUCCCAUACAAAUUAUAUAUUGUUUUUUUCAGGACAAAAGGGGAUUUCUUUACAUACCAUUAUUUAUAUAAUCUCAUGUAAUUUAAUUUAAAAACAAUAAAAAAAUAUGAAACAUUGAAAAAAAUGUGUUUUGACUUUUACUUGAAAAAUCUUUUACUCCUCUACAAAAGCGAAUGAAAAAAAACUGCUAAAUAGAUUCAAAAUGUUGUCCUGAGUUUAAAAAUACCCAAUGUUUACGUGCUUUUUUUUUGUUGCAAGUUAUAGGGCUAUAGGUACAAGUAGGAUAUUGCGGUUUCAAAACAUACAUUUUUAAAAUAUAUCAAUAGUGACAUUGUAACACUAUUAUCUGUCAUAAAUCUCUGAAUAACACUCCACAUAUAUUUUUUAAAGUAGACAACCCAGGGUAUUCAAUAUGGGCUAUGUCCAGUCUUUUUUAGUAGCCACUUAGUCGAAAACACUGGCCAAAGUUAGCAUUCAUAUUUGUUUGUGUGUGAAAAAAGUAAAAAACUAAAUUGAAUGCUAAUUUUGGCCAGUGUUUGUGACUAAGUGGUUACUAAAAAAGACUGGACAUACCCCAUUUGCAAUACCUUGGGUUGUCUUCUUUUGCAAAUGGUAUGCCAUCAUGGGGGUAAUUCUCAUUCCUGGGCUACCAUACGCUCUCUAAGGCAACAUAACCAACCUGGCCAUUUCCAAUGUAAAAAUAUUUGACCAUGUAACUUUCAAAAAUGCUAUAAAACCUGUACAUGGGGGGUACUGUUAUACUUAGGAGACUUUGCUGAACACACAUAUUAGUGUUUCAAAACUGGAAAACGUAUCACAACAAAUAUAUCAUCAGUAAAAGUGCUGUUUGUGUGUGAAAAAUGCAAAAAAAGUCACUUUCACUGACAAUAUCAUCGCUGUGAUAUGUUUUACUGUUUUGAAUAACUAAUAUUUGUGUUCAGCGAAGUCUCCCGAGUAAAACAGUACCCCCCAUGUACAGGCUUUAGGGUGUCGUAGAACGUUACAGGGUAAAAUACAGUGCUAGCAAAUUAAAUUCUCUGGACUUUCGGCCUGGGUUGGCAGGCAGAUCCCUCAAAUUGCAAUCAAUAAAAUUACUUAAUUAUGUAAAAAUAUUACAUAAAUAUGCACGUAGAAUUUAAAUAUAUAUGCAUAUUUAUAUAUUUGAGGUCUACGUGUAUAUUUAUAUAAUUAUUUAUGUAAUUUUGUAUAUGGACAUAUGUAUAUUUCGGAUUAUUUAUAUUUAUAUAUACAUAGAUAGAUAUAUAUAGAUAUAUACAAUUUCAUUCUAAGUGUAUUUUGAUAUAAAUAUAUAUAAUCAAAAUACAGUUAGAAUAAAAUUUCAUAGAUAUAUAAUUUGUUUAAAUUUUUUAUUUUUUAUUUAAAUUACUUAUUUAUAUUUUAUAAUAUGUAUACAAUAUAUAGUUAUUAUAUAUUAUAUAUACGUGUGUAAUUUAAUAAUUUAAUUUUUAUAUUAAUAUAUGUACAUAUUAAUAUAAAAAUACACUUAGUAUGAAUAUAUAUGAUUAUAACACCCCCAUUUAUGCAUGUUUAGGUGAGUGCAGCAACCCCCCCCCCUUGUGAGAUAUAUAUAUAUAUAUAUAUAUAUAUAUAUAUAUAUAUAUAUAUAUAUAUAUAUAUAUAUAUAUAUAUAUAUAUAUAUAUAUAUAUAUAUAAUAAAUUUGGGAGUCUAGCCAACUCCUUGGUUAUGCACCCCUCCCUGUCACAGGUGCCUCAUCCCAGGGCCCUAUUUAGCCUUGUACUGCAGAGAGCCCCAGAUUGAAUUUUUUUUCUCAAGUAAGUGGUUUAAUCUCAUAAGAGCAGACAUUAGGCUGUUAGUGUAGGACCUGCCAAAGAUGGGGUACAUUGACGUUGUGGCAGGCUUAUGCAAUGUAUGAUCAUAUAAUGUAACUAAACCCCCAUUAUUUUUGCCUUUUUAAAAAAAACUAAUAAAAUCUUUCAACAUUGAAGUUGCUGUUUAGUGGAUAGGUGAGUGCGCUGGAUCUAUAUAUAUAUAUAAUUUUUUUUUAAAUUAACAUUAACUUUUAAUUUUUUUAUGAUUUUACAGUUGCAGGGAGACUGCCUGCCAGCGCAGGCAGAGACAUGGACACCUAUUGUGACCAUGUGAUUGCUGUGUUGAGCGAUCACAUGGCCACAGGGGUCCUAAUCCAGUGUGGGGAGACUGUCUGGGCUGCGGGCAGUCUCCCCACACCGGGAGCAACACUGAUCGCCGCCGUCGUUCAGGUAAGUAACUAAAACCGUUAGGACGGUUCAGGACCGUCAGCGGUCGGCAAGGCAAAAAUGCAGAUGACGGUCCUGAACCGUCCGCGGUCCUUAAGGGGUUAACCCUUCAGAUGCAAACAUAGCAGUUUCAGAGAAACUGCUAUGUUUACAUUUGGGGUUUAGCCAGCCACUAGAGGCGCUUCUGUGAUUGCUGGAGGCAUAUUAUGCCUCCAUCGCGCAGAGCGUCCAUAGGAAAGCAUUUAAAAAUGCAUGCGCAUUCGGCUCCGCUGAUGUCGGCAGAGGGAGCUGACGUCGGUGGGGGAGGAGAGGUCACCAGCGCCGAGGGAGCCUGGCGCUGGAAUAAGGUAAGCUGCUGAAGGGGUUUUAAACCCUUCAGCGCCACGGGUUGGGCACCCUCAGGGCACUAUAGUGUCAGGAAAACCGCUUUGCUUUCCUGACACUAUAGUGAUCCUUUAACCUGGCCUUGCACUGUGGGGCUUAGCUCAGGGGAGCUAAUGGAAACUUCCUAAAGGGUCUUCCAGGCUUGAGAAGAGGUGACCAGCUUCAGGUAAAUGGUUUGAUUACUUACCUUGGAAGGGUGCUAGGGCCAUACAAGUAGUGUAACCACUAGUGCAGGUUGUAGAGGUUAUGGUGAUUGUAGUGCUCGUUUUAAGAUUCAUUUGUAAAGCACCAACAGACUGCAACGUACAAGACCACAUAUUUGUCAUGACCAAGAGCUUGCCUACACUAAAGGCAUAAAGUACUGAAUUCAGGUUCCAUGGAGAUUGUCACUUUAGUAUUUGUGGAAUGCAAUGCGCGUUACUUAAGUUAUAGCUCAAUGUCCUAUUCUUGAAUUACUGUAUGUACAAACAGAAUAUUCCAUUUAACAGUAUUAAAAAUUGACUCAAAAUUAUAGUUUGGUUUACGCGUUCUUUUUAAAAUGUCUGAUUACUGCAUGUACCUUUAAACCAUGCAAUGUUGUGAAGUGUUAAAAGCCCGAAGGAUACCAGUGGUUAAAUAAACACAGGGCUGUGAAAUAUCCCCGUACCACUGCCAGGCUCUUAGUUCACUUCUUCACUGAGAGAAUGCUUUCAGCACCGUGUAUUAGACGUUCUAAAUAGAAAUAGAAUUUCGUUAUUUAUUCCUGCUUUAUUAACUACUCUUCAUUUGCUUGUUGUUUUUUAAAUUACAUUUCUAGCGUUGUUUGUGGGAUUUAUUUGUGCUUUUGUGGCCUAUUCCUACCCCUUCAUUUCAGCAGAGAAUAAAAGACUCGGAUAAUAUAUUCGAUGUCUCGUACGGUUUUCUUGUGCCUUGUCUUACAUUUAGAGAAGUGAUUCACAAGGCGCCAAUGCCAGUGUCUUAUUUAAAAUAUUUUUCUUUAUUGCAAUUUAAAUGCUCUAAAAAAUAUGCGUUAUUCGCAGUGGUAUACAGAAAGUAGCUGCUAGACAGUGUGCAGACUACCUGAAGAUAAGCCUGACAGUGCCUCCCUCUUUAAAACGCAAAUUGUAGGUUUAACCCCUUAAGGACCGGUAAGAGUCUAUUCUAUCAGAAAAUCUGUUUUUCAAGGAUACUAUACCUAGAACAGAAAGUCCAUUAAAGUAAUAACUUCUCCCAUACAGUUAAUGCUGCUCAUAAAGGGGCACUCAAAGCAUCUCAACGCUAAGCAGGCUGUAGUAGUUAUGGUGUUAGGAGGUUUAUAGGUACUAGGUUGUGACGAUGGCAAAGUGUAACCUUUGGCCUUUAAGGGAUUCAUGUUGUAGGUAGAGUUGGCAAAUGGGUUAGGAAAAUUCAGUAAAACAGUCCUGGCAAGUCGUCAAUCAUGAAGGGUUUAGAUUAUACAUCUGUUAUCUAGACUGUAAUACAAAUCUGAAAUGUUAUGUAACUUUUUUUUUUAUAUAUUGAUGAAAGUACAAUUAAUAUUUGAAUCUACUGACUUUAUAUGGAGCCUUCAGUGAACUGCGACCCAUCAAGGAUUUGUAUUUCUGGACUUGGAGAAGUCUGGGAUUUAAUGAAUGAGUCCUGAGAUUUUAAUCUGCCCCGCAAACUGAAAAUGACAAAGCUGAUCUGAGUGUGAUACAUUCCACUUAUGUUACAAUUGGCAUGCUCAUUGCACUAUUGUACCGUUAUAAAAAGCUGCACAGGUCGAUACUGCACACUAAAAGAUGACACUUGUGGAUGGGUGAGGACCAGGUAGGAUCCAAGAUAUCUCAUUCCGCAGGGUUUACUAAAGGCUGAGAUAUAGCAAGGUGUUACAAAAAGCUGCUUUUAUGGAACCCAGUCCACAGACAAGACACAUUCUUUCAAGUUGCAGGAAGGAAUACAAUGCAUAUUAUAAGAUGCAAUGUGCUUUUACAGAACUUUGGAAGAGAUGUAUUUUUCCCUGUGAGCAUCGAUUCCUCUUUGGCUUUUAGAAAAAACAAAAACCAUGAGAAAAUGUAUAGUGUUUUGCAUGAUGUGUUUUGCAAAUUAGCUGGAAAACGUUUUAUUGUUGGGCAAUCACAGUUGUCUAAAUACAUAGAUCAGAAAAGGUUCACACGUGGGCUGGUUAUUAUUUUCAGUAUUGUAAAAUAGAACAUUAAAAAAAGGAAGUGGCUGCGGUAUGUCAGAAAUUCUAAGAUUGUUUAAAAGACUUUGCUUUUAUCAACUUGUUUUAUUCUUCUAUCUUACCAGUUUAUUAAAUACCAGUUAUUGUUUGAUUCAGACCAGGUAUGGCAGUUGUGAGUGUAGAACAUGAAUUGGGGUGCCUAUUAAAGGCACAUAUAAAAUUACAAAUAAAUGUGUUUGGGGAGUCUCACAGACCCACUUUAAUUCAGCAAAAACUGCAAAUUAAAGAGUAAAAAUCCCCCAGUCAAUAGAAUGCUUCUCACAGAGAUCACUGCAUGGCAAUUGCAACGCUGCAUCUUCUAUGCUUCUUAUCGAGAACUAGUGAAUCUGAUGCUUCUGUAUGAGAAGCAUAUCCUUCUGCUUUAUGCUGGGGCACAAAGUUAUCAAGAAGAGCACUUUUCCGACUGUCUGACAUCAGUCAGCUUGCACACAGACACUUUAUUAAAAUCUGCACUGUUAAGCCCUCAAUCACUUCAGCAAACUGUAGUGUUUUAGAUGUUUGUGUUAUUUUUAAAAGCAUCAUAGAAUUUUCUUGUGGGGAACAUUUAACUAUAUGAGUCAGCCGAUAAGCAGUUUGGUGUUUCAAUACCGUUCACUAUUCUCUGUUGGGUAGAAUGUCUCUUAAUGUAUACAGAAAUUAGGAUGGAUUUUUAUUUUUGAGGGGGGAAGUCUUUGUGGUGUAGAUGCAAAGCUGAUGAUGUAAGAGUGAAGGCAGCAUCAGUGAGUUUCGCAGUUGUCCCAAGUAUUUUGCCAGUAAGGGUGUAUUGGGGCAGUCCCACCAAACGUUUUCUCUCCAGCCAGUGUGCAGGACAGAAUGAUAGAAUGUAUGUCUGCAUUCUCUGCCAUCUGAAUAUGCAGACCGAUAUUGGCUUGCACUUCUGCUUUUUCUCUCUCAUCUGUCAAAUGAGUAAUUUGGGGGCAAAUCUUUUGUAUUGCUAAAGUACUGAAACUGUUAUAUUAAACUAUUGAACCAAUAAACCAUUCUGAAAAUUUUUCUCAAAAUGCACUUGAGAAUGGAAUUGAAACAUGCAGAAAAAAGCAAGGACCUGUUAUAAAUAGCUUAACCCCUUAAGGACACAUUACGUGUGACUAGUGAUGUCCCUAACGGUUCACCACGGACUCAUCAUUGAGUAAACUUUGACCCUGUACCUCACAGUCAGCAGACACAUUCCAGCCAAUCAGCAGCAGACCCUCCCACCUCCUGGACAGCAUCCAUUUUGAAGCUGCAUUCUUAGUGAGCUAUCUGGAAGGGAGGGUCUGCUGCUGAUUGGCUAGAAUGUGUCUGCUGACUGUGAGGUACAGGGUCAAAGUUUACUCAAUGAUUGUCAGGGAGCCGCGGGCGGCGAGGAGGGGAGGCUGCACGCCACUUGCAGCACUCACACUCAGUCCAUCGCCGCCCGCGGUCUCCUCUCUGCUUACCUGUCGGCGAGCGGCGUCUCCUCUGUGCCGCUCGCCGCCAGCGUCCUCCACGCCCCCCAGCGGCAGCAUGUAUAACGCUGCACGCUGGGAGGUCCAGGAGUUAAGUAAACGCCGGGGUCACAUGAGUCCGGUACGGCACCUUUUCUGUGUGUGUGUGUGUGUGUGUCAGCGUGUUAGGUUCCCCGAAUCGUGACAUUACAACAGGGCCACCAUGGAACCUGCUGACAUUCCACAGCUGUUAGUUAAUCAGGAGGCUAGAAUGGACGGUUUAGACCACCGUAUGGAUCAGUUUGCCCAGGCUUUACAAACCAUACUGGCUCGUACUGCCCACUUGCAACCUGCCGUCCAAGAAGCUGUUGCUGCUGUGCCAGAACCCAUUCCUGAUCCAGUACCCGCUCCUGCUCACGUGGUUCACAUGACUCCACCUCAGCGCUAUAGCGGUGCUCCAGCAUUGUGCCGUGGUUUCCUCAACCAAAUUGAUAUUCAUUUGGUGAUGAAUCCUCGUUCCUACCCCACUGACAGAACCAAAAUUGCUUUUUUGAUUAACCAUUUGUCCGGGAAAGCACUAGCAUGGGCUAAUCUCAUGUGGGAGAAUACGUCCCCAAUGUCAUUUUCAGACUUCUUAACAGCUUUUAAACGUACGUUUGACCAACCCGGCCGGGUUGCUUCUGCUGGCAAAGCUCUGCUUAGGGUUCGACAGGGUAAUAGAUCAGUAGCGGAUUAUACCAUUGAAUUCCGUACUUUGGCAGCUGAAGUGGUCUGGAAUAACGACGCUCUCGUAACAGCUUUUCAGGAGGGUUUGGCUGCUUACAUAUUAGAUGAGAUAGAUCAUCCAGAAGAACAGGCAUUUCCCUGGAUGCUAAUAGAUUAUGUCAUUCUAAUUGACAACCGUAUCAGAGAGAGGCGUAGUCAAAGGAGGAUGAAUACACAGGGGUUGCCUGCUUUACCCAGUAUUGCAUUGCUAGCAUUACCUCCCCCUAAUCAACCAACUCCCGAACCCAUGCAAUUAGGUGCUGUAGGCUUAUCUGAAGCUGAAAGAACGUACCGCAGAAGGGAGGGUUUGUGCCUUUAUUGUGGUAAGAGGGGGCAUCUCCGAAGAAACUGUCCUAGUUUGCAGGGAAACUCCAGCACCUAAGGCCUAGAGAGGGGUCGGCCUCGGGUGUUAUGGUUUUUUCCCCUCAUAUGUCCAUCUCUAGACCAUUUAUAACGGUUUCUCUUUUGGUCAAUAAAACCACGAUAACAACUAAAGCCUUGAUCGAUUCAGGUGCUGCAGACAGUUUUAUGGAUGAGAACUUUGCUAAAACCGCAGCCAUGAAUCUGAUCCAAAAGGCCACACCCUUGGCCAUUGAGGCCAUAGAUGGUAGACCACUUAAGAAACCUCUGGUGACCCAUGAAACCCAAGAAAUGGUUAUGGUCGUGGGUGCCUUACACAAAGAAAGCAUAGCCUUCCAAAUAUUUGACUCCCUUACAGCUUCCAUCAUUCUGGGUUUUCCCUGGUUAGUGAAGCAUAACCCAGUACUCGAUUGGGAUUCUCUAGAUAUACUAUCCUGGGGGGUAUCUUGUCAACAGGAUUGUAUGGCCCGUUUACAUCCCGUUUGUUUAAUUAAUGUGCCUACAGCUAAACCACUUUCUGUUUCUGUCCCUCCUGUGUAUGCAGACCUCGCAUUGGUCUUUGAAAAGAGGGAAGCUGAUAAACUACCCCCACACCGGGAUUAUGAUUGUGCCAUAAAUUUGUUACCUGGAACGAUGCCUCCUAGGGGUAAGGUCUACCCGCUUUCUGAGAAAGAAAACCAGGUCAUGGAGGAGUACAUACAGGAAUCCUUACGUAAAGGUUUUAUCAGAAGGUCCUCCUCUCCUGCUGGUGCUGGUUUCUUUUUUGUUGCCAAGAAGGAGGGCGAUUUGAGACCAUGUAUAGAUUAUAGGGGUCUGAAUAAUAUAACAAUUAAAAAUGCUUAUCCUAUCCCUCUCAUUACUGAGUUGUUUGACAGUGUUAAAGGUUCUAGAUAUUUUACUAAACUAGACCUCAGGGGGGCUUACAACUUGGUUCGGAUAAAAGAAAACGAUGAAUGGAAGACAGCGUUCAAUACACGCAGUGGGCAUUACGAGUAUCUAGUCAUGCCUUUUGGACUGUGUAAUGCUCCUGCUGUCUUUCAGGACUUCAUAAAUGAUGUCCUUAGAGAUCUACUGCAUGUCUGUGCUGUGGUUUAUCUCGAUGAUAUACUCAUAUUCUCUCCUGAUUUGGAGUCACAUCAUAACCAUGUGAGGAAGGUACUUAAGAGAUUGCUACAGAACGGUCUUUAUUGUAAAUUGGAGAAAUGUUUAUUUGACCAGAAAUCAGUACAAUUCCUAGGGUACGUCAUUUCUGAACAGGGGUUCAGUAUGGAUCCUUCUAAAUUAGAAGCCAUAUUGUCUUGGCCUCUUCCUCAAGGUCUUAAGGCAAUACAGCGAUUUAUAGGCUUUGCCAAUUAUUAUCGCAGGUUUAUUAAAAACAUUUCAUCGGUCAUUUCUCCUAUCACGAAACUUACUAAAAAGGGUUUGCACCCCAGGGUUUGGACUCCUGAAGCCGUCAAGGCCUUCGAAACCCUCAAAAAGGCAUUUGCCACUGCUCCUGUGCUACACCAUCCUGAUCCUUCCCUUCCCUUUGUAAUGGAAGUAGACGCUUCAGAAUCAGGUAUAGGAGCUGUAUUAUCACAAAGAUUAUCCUAUAACGAACCCCUCCAUCCCUGUUGUUACUUUUCUAGGAAACUGUCUGAUGCGGAAAAGAAUUACGACAUUGGGAAUAGGGAGCUAUUGUGAUGGCAUUUAAAGAGUGGAGAUACUUAUUAGAAGGAGCUAGACACAAAAUCCUGGUUAUAACUGAUCAUAAGAAUCUCUCCUAUAUAGCUGAUGCUAAAAGGUUAUCCUCUCGUCAAGCCAGAUGGUCCUUAUUUCUUUCACGUUUUCAGUUCAUUAUCACAUAUAGGCCUGGGUACCGUAAUGUCAAGGCUGAUGCUAUCUCCCGACAAUACGAAUCUUUGGAGUCUAUCGCCCCCACUCCUGAACCCAUUGUACCCACGUCUAAGAUAAUAGCUGCUACCCGUUUAGUUAUUUCAUCUCUUUUCCUUGAUGGUAUCAAGGAAUACCAAACCCAAGCACCCUCUGAGACACCUGUUGGUAGAUUAUACGUGAAAGAGAAAGAUAGAAAGAAACUGUUAGCUUUAUUUCACACCGCCAAAACGGCUGGCCACCCAGGGGUUACCAAAACAUACAAGGGUCUCCUUCAACAGUUUUGGUGGCCUUCACUUAAGCAAGACGUGGUGGAUUAUGUACAGGCUUGUCGUGUUUGUGCACAGUGUAAGUCUCCUAAUGUCAAACCCCCGGGACUCCUAAUGCCUUUAUCCAUACCCAAGAAACCAUGGACCCACUUAUCCAUGGACUUUAUUGUGGAUCUUCCUUCAUCCGAUGGAAUGACAGUAAUUUUGACUGUGACUGAUCCUCUAAAAUGGCACACUUUAUUCCACUUAAGAAACUACCUUCUGCGGUUCAGUUGGCUCAGGUAUUUGCCAAAGAGGUUUUCCGCUUGCAUGGUAUACCACAGGAUAUCGUAUCUGACAGGGGUCCUCAAUUUGUCUCUCAGUUUUGGAGGGGCUUUUGUGCUGAGAUGGGGAUUUCCUUGUCGUUUACUUCCUCCUAUCAUCCACAAUCUAAUGGAGCGGCCGAACGGGCGAAUCAAUCUGUGGAGUUAUAUUUACGUUGCUUCACGAAUGCACACCAGGACAACUGGUCUCACCUCCUUCCUUGGGCUGAAUUUGCCAGGAACACUGUGACUCAUUCAUCCACUGGCUUAAGUCCUUUUAUGGUUGCUUAUGGGUUCCAACCCUCUGUCCUUCCCGGCGUAUUCUCCGACAAGGGAAUACCCGCUUUGGACGAGCACCUCACCUCCUUACGGAAGAUGUGGGAUCAGGUCCAUGCUACUCUUUCUCGUGCGACUGCUACUCAGAAGAAAUUUGCUGAUCGUCGUAGGGGUGCUGCUCCCUCUUAUGUCCCGGGUGAUAGGGUUUGGUUGUCCUCUAAGAAUCUCCGCCUCAGGGUCCCCUCUAUGAAAUUCGCGCCCAGGUUCCUUGGCCCCUAUAAGGUAUUGCGUAGGGUCAAUCCUGUGUCCUACUCUCUAGCCUUGCCUCCUUCCAUGCGUAUACCUAACACUUUCCACACCUCCCUUUUUGAAGCCCCUGCUCUGUAAUCGAUUCUCUGGUCCUCUUAGGCGUCCAGAUUCCCUUCGCGCUAUCUCUAAUGACGUGUACGAAGUAGCUGCUUUGCUUGAUUCUCGUUUUUCUUGAGGUCGGUUGCAGUAUCUGGUUGAUUGGAAGGGUUACGGUCCUGAGGAGCGUUCCUGGGUUUCUGCCUCUGACUUGAAUGCGCCAUCCUUGAUCCGCUCCUUUCAUGCGCGGUUCCCUUCGAAGCCUUUAUGUCAGGGAGCCGCGGGCGGCGAGGAGGGGAGGCUGCACGCCACUUGCAGCACUCACCCUCAGUCCAUCGCUGCCCGCGGUCUCCUCUCUGCUUACCUGUCGGCGAGCGGCGUCUCCUCUGUGCCGCUAGCCGCCAGCGUCCUCCACGCCCCCCAGCGGCAGCAUGUAUAACGCUGCACGCUGGGAGGUCCAGGAGUUAAGUAAACGCCGGGGUCACGUGAGUGACCCGGCGUUAAAGAAACAGUACCACAAUCACAGUGGGGGGUAUAGAUAUCCCCCACGUGUGAUUGUUAAUUCUGAUUGGAAGUUAUCCAAUCAGAAUUAAACCUAGGGUAUUUAUACUUACCUUUCCUGUCCCUCAGUGCCCUGUUGUGGUCUUGUGAUACCUGUAGCGUAGUGUUCUCGUCUUGCUCUCUGGUUACUGAUUAUUUGGCUCGUUAUUCCGAUUAUCCUGUCUUCUCCACUCCUUUGACCUCGGCUUGUUUCUCGUUCUCCCGUUUUCUGGCUCCCUUUACCUGGCUUGUCUCCUGACUAUUCUUAGCGUGCUUAGCCCGGCCACUCUAAGGUCCGGUACGGCACCUUUUCUGUGUGUGUGUGUGUGUGUGUGUGUGUGUGUGUCAGCGUGUUAGGUUCCCCGAAUCGUGACAAUGAUGAGUCCGCGGCGAACCGUUCAGGACAUCACUACGUGUGACAUGUCAUGAUUCCAUUUUAAUCCAGAAGUUUGGUCCUUAAGGGGUUAAAAGGACACUAUAGUCACCAGAACCACUACUCCUUAAUGUAGUGGUUAUGGUGUCUUUAGCCUGUCCCUGCAUGCUUUUUAAUGCAAAUGCUGCCUUUUAACAGAAAAGGCAUUGUUUACAUUGCUGCCUAGUAACACAUCUAGUGGCAGUCACUCAGACAGCCGCUAGAGGUGCUUCCUGGGUCAGUGCGGCACAGUGAGCAGCAUUGGCAUUCAGCGUCUUCACGCUUGAAUUCAAUGCAUCUCUAUUAGGAGAUACUGGUUGGUGCAGAGCGGAGUUCUUUCAUGCAUGCACACUAGCCUCCCAAUGCUUUCCUCCGGGAAAGCAUUGGAUUGGAUGAGAUUUUCAAGAUUGAUUGAUCUCAGCCAUGGAGGCAAAGCAAGGCAGGGCCUGCCGCAGUAAGACUGACGCAGCGUAGGCGAAAAGAUGAGUAAAAAAAACACCUUUUCAGUGUGAUAAGAGUGGGACCGGUAACCUAAACAGCCAUACCAACACUAUAGUGUCAGGAAUGGGUUCCUUUAGACUUGGUCGUAACCCCUCCCCCAUAAAGCCACUUGAGGCUUAGUGUAUGUCUGUUCAUAGCCACAGUAUUGGGUGUCUUAUUGAAGGCUAUGAAACAUUCUAAUUUAAAAAAAAUCAACUUAAAGGACCACUAUAGUGCUAGGAAAACAUACUCGUUUUCCUGGCACUAUAGUGCCCUGAGGGUGCCCCCACCAUCAGUGUCCUCCUCCCGCCCGGCUCUGGGGAGAGGAAAGGGGUUAAACUUACCUUUUUCCAGCGCUGGGCGGGGAGCUAUCCUCCUCCGUUCCUCCCAUUUGGCUGAAUGCGCACGCGCAGCAAGAGCUCACGCGCAUUCAGCCGGUCUCAUAGGAAAGCAUUUACAAUGCUUUCCUAUGGACGCUGGCGUCUUCUCACUGUGAUUUUCGCAGUGAGAAGCACGCAAGCGGCUCUAGCGGCUGUCAAUGAGACAGCCACUAGAGGAAUUGGAGGAAGGAUUAACCCAUUUACAAACAUAGCAGUUUUUUUGAAACUGCUAUGUUUAUAAAAAAAAAAAUGGGUUAACCCUAGCUGGACCUGGCACCCAGACCACUUCAUUAAGCUGAAGUGGUCUAGGUGCCUAGAGUGGUCCUUUAAACCUUACAUUGCUUUCGUUUCCUGUCUUCUACUUUCAAGUAAAAGUCUGGCCCCUGUGCAGAACUGGUCCACAGUUAUAAUAAAGGAAUUUAUUAAGCCUGUUUACACUACCAGCAUUGAGAAUUUGGAAGCUGGAUGAGGGAGGGGUGCAGUUUCCACACAUCUAAAAAACCUCCUGGGACCGUGUCUCGUGUCCUGAAUUUGGUACUGUUCAGCUGAAUUCUCAAACUGCACCAGUAAUUAAUGGAACACUCCAAGCAUGAUAACGGCUACAAUUAGCUGUAGUGGUUAUGGUGACGACAGUGCCCUAUUGCACUGCCAGUAGAAGUAGUAAAACUAUUUGAAUAGUCUGACCUAUUUAGCCUGGUCUGCCAGGCACCUGGUUCUCUAUAACUUUGAAGCUUCCUGCAGUGAGUUAGCACGCCGGUGCAGGGAGACACUCAUUGGCUGAGAGCACUCAACUGACUCAACCAGUGAGACGGUUGUCUAUAUGGUAGGGCCUGGCUCAGGGAAUCUAACAGAAACUCCUUGCGGGCUCCAGAGGAUGAGGUGACCACCUGGAGGAUCCCAGGACAGUUGUCAGAUGUACUUAAACAGUUUGACUACUUACACGGGAAGGGCAUCAGGGCCCUACAAGCACCAUAACCACUACAUCAUGCUGUAGUGGUAGGCCUGCUAGCCAUUUUGAUUUAACCCCUUAAGGACCAAACUUCUGGAAAAAAGGGAAUCAUGACAUGACACACGUCAUGUGUCCUUAAGGGGUUAAGCAGGAAAGUCACGAUUUUCAAGUCACGUCAUAUUCUCAUAUGCAUAGUUUCAGAUCAGUAACCAUGAUUUAAAGCUCUGAUUUGUUAUAAAUUAUUGGCUUCCCCUCCAGAUGUUAAACCUUUCAUUCUUUUCUCACAAACAUUUUAAAAUCUGGGAUAUUUUUAAUGUUUACCCUAUUUAUUUAGGCUUAAAUUAGAUUGUCAGUGAGCAAAAAUAUUACCCUUUCUGUAAUUACCUGUCAGUCCUGAUCCUUGGCAUCCAAUCCAUAAUGGACUUUCUGUAGAUGUCCAGUCAGAGUAACCAAUGCAGCUCAAUGAGAAGUAUUUGCAAGGAAGGUGCUCUGAGCAUUGCCUGCCUCUCAACUUGAGCUCCAGUGAGCUAAGCAACCAGGAAAUAACAGCACCAGUUGAUCAACAGGCUGAGGCUUAUCACAUUAAUUUACAAAAGUGCCAAUUUGAUGGGACACACUCUUCAUAUAGUGCUUUAGGGGUUUGGAGUAUCCCUUUAAACACUAUUUGUUAACUGAAGUGGUCAAACAAAAGAUCUUUAAUAAAAUCAACUGGAAUAGUUUGCCCUUGUAGUCCGGUCCCAGCCGGGUACCAAGCCCCUGAUCCUGGGUGGUGUGCAUAUGGAAUACUACAGAGGUGCAGAAAGUGCUGGUCUUUCAUUGGUUGGUCGUCCUCUGAGCUCUCCCAGCCAAUAAAUGACCCUCUGUAAAAAGAAUAUGCACAGAAUUGACGUACUAAUGCAUGCUGGAGGAGAACAAUAUAAAAUAUUUUGGUAUCUGUGGCAUUUCAUAAUGAAAAGCUGCACAUUCAAACUCCAAGCACCAUGUCUAAUUUAAAUAGCUCUCCCCUUUGGUCAUGGUGCUUAUUGCUUGUACAUAAAUCUGCUAAAUAACUAUGGGAUUAAGGGCUUUUUCUGAUGUGUGCAUGUUUAUUUUAUACCAUUUUUGCUAUCUGUGCAGACACAGGUUCAAUGUAAUUAAUAGAACUAAUUUACCUAAAUGUUAGAUAUUGCAUGAAUAUGCAGCCUCAUUUUACAUAACUAACCCCUUUCUAAAGGGACACUAUAGGCACUCAGACCACUUUGACUCUUUGAAGUGGUCUGGGUGCACUGACCCAUGUCCAUUAACCCUGCAGUGGUAAUUAUUGCAGUUUUUAAUAAACUGCAGUAAUUACCUGCCAGGGUUAACUCCACCUCUAGCGGCCGUCUACCACAACCACUAUACGCAGAGUUCCUUCACUAGAACCUUUUAGAUUUGGUUUUCUUUUUUUCUCUUUCUAUUCCAGCAUAGGCAGCAUAUUGCUCCUUACUUUUUGUUUUCCUUUGUCGUCAAAACAAACUUCCUUUUGGGAGCGGACUAUUAGACUGUAUUUAUACAAAGUUAGGCAAACCUCUUGUGUACAAUAUAAAAAACAUGUCACAUUUACUAUCGUUUCUCAAUGCUGUUUUGCAAACAGUAGUGGGCGUUAAGUGUUUUUUGGGAAUUCGUUUUAAUGAAGAAUUUUCUUUCCACAUGAGAAUUUAAUUCCUAACCGCUCAACAGAAAGCCCGACUUCCCCUUACAACACUGACAACAUUGUAUAUGGAUGCACAAUUCAUUUGGUCCCUAGAGGUAAUGUUAUUAGAUUUCAUGGGCUUGGAUAUUAAAUUGCCACGCGCAGUAAAGAUGAACAGCUCCAUGAUGGCCUUAAAAAUCUCUCAUAUAGUGCUCUUGCUGGUAAUCACAUGAAAGAAGAGAUUCGAAAAUAUUUCUUUGUGCAUUACUUUAAAUUGAGAUAUAUAUCUAUAUUUUCUCACUAUAAUGUUAGUGUAAAAAAAAAAAGUAGCAACCUUAAACUGCUCCCCUCUGUAAGCACGUCAGCAGGGUCCUCCUCAACCUAUUGUUCCUGUAAUAUUUGUCACAUUUAUUGUAAAAUUUACCCUUUUUAUAAUAUUGUAAAGUGCUCCGUAAUAAGUCAUAAACUGUCAUAAAUGACAAAAAUAAUAAUUGAAGAUUAACCAGGCCGUACAUUCAUGCCUAACAGAGCAGGAUACAUCGGCUCCUGCUUAAUGCUGUGGAAAUUUGCCCCCAAACAAUUUAUCUGCAGGAACUUGUGAAUAUACCUUCUGUCAAGUUCCCGAUGAAUUUGAAGAACUGAACAUUUGCAGCCAACGUGUCUUAAUCAUUGCCCCUUUCUGCUAUGUUAUCGUAAGUGGAGCGGUUUCAAAGCCCGUCUCUACUUGUGUAAAUUCCUAGUAAAUUUUUACAAAGUUCUAUUACAUCAAAAUUGUAAUGCAUAAGAAAACCGCAUUCAUCUUUUAAAUUUAUUUCUUUUACCGUGAAAUAUGCCUUAUAUCCCAUCAUCCAAAUAAAUUGUCAUUUUAUCUAUUCUAUCUGUUUAUAACGCAGAAAGAACAUUUAUACGUUGCACCAGCUAACAUUUUAGGAUAUGUAUAUACAUUUUCUGUAACAUUUUGGUUUAUAUCUACAAUCCUUCAGCAUACUGAAAUAUCUAUUGAUUUGCCAGUGGCUGCACCUUAUUCCCUCCCUCCUCCAUCCCCCCGUUCCCAGAAUAUGUUGGUGGCGGUGCUAUGUAAAUCAGAAUUAUAAGAACUUUAUCAAAUCAGCUGGUGAGUUGGCUCAAUGACUUGUAAAUGCUAAAUAUGCCAUUCCCAAUUAAAUUUACAUUUAUUUUAUUUUGUAGAUGUUUCCAAUUUAAGAUCUGCAUUUUGUCUUCAGUACACCAUCUACUUUGUAGUUAUAUAUUGUCAAUAGGCUUCAGCAUUUCUAUGCCUUUUGUCGUCGUCCUGCGUUAGAGUGGAGGACUUUGCCAUACUCCUGAUGAGCCAAGAUCAUUACAUUUCCCUACGUUCCUCUUUAUAUUUUCUUCAGCUAAGCACACUUCUUAUACAAGUUCCUUGCGUGCUGCUUCUGCCUGACUUGUUAAGGUGCACCCAGUCACAUGAUGUAGCGUCCGGCUUGUGUGCUCUACCAGUCGUGUCUUAACAUUCUUCUAAUUUUAGGUUCUUGUACCGUCAUGAGAAUUCCUUCAGACUGUGCAUGUUAGAGGCUGUAUGGUACAUUGCCUUGGGAAAAAUAAAACCGGUUCUGUUUAACACACAAUAACUGGCAUACACCAAAGCAAUAAUUAAGAUUAACGUGCUUUUAAAAUUCAAAUUUUAUUUUAAAAUCCUUGUAUCCUUUUUUUUUUUUUUAAAGCUGCUGGCAUUAACGGUUGAUGUUGGCAUUUUUUAAAAUUUAUAUUCCCGUAAUAUCGUUUCUUGGUACUGUGUGAAAUGCAUUGUUUCCUCUAUAUGGACGGAGUGUGCUGUGCCGGCUUAAUCCUCAUAAACCUAUUUUGUCAAAUGCUCUGUCUUGCCGCUCAAUGCUCUAUUAAAUUGCAUUAAUUAGACCUUUAUUAUGUAGUUACUCCUAAACUUUGGAUACACAAGCGUCAUGCUUCGAAUUACUUUAAUGAGAAAAUUCUUGCUUUAAGGUAGAGAAUCUUCUCCCCAUAAUGUUACCCGGCAAGUUUAUCUCCCCCAUCAAUUAGAUAUAGAAUAUAGAAUCAUCUUUAUCCUUUAUUGCAGUCUAGAGAACAUUAAUGAUAGAAGUGUAUUACAACCUUUUGGAUAUGUGUGCAGAUAUUUUAUAAGCACUUCCAAAAGGAUCCUGAUUUUUACCAUGCGCCUAUCCUAGAACUUAUUCUAUAUUCCAUCGCGUGACUUGGACCUGUGAUCAGGCCUAUUCAUAAUCUAAAAUCAAUGUGUCGCAUCUGCCUAUUUGGAAUACACCCAAGGGUUUUCAUAUCCAUCAAGGCACACAUUUAAAAACCGAAAAAAAAAAUCAAAAAAAAAAUCUAUUUGUAUUGACUAUAUACCUUUCAAACAGAGUUGAAGACUGCAGAGAACUUCCAGUAGUCUAUUAGGAGAAUAUAGAGUGACUAAUGGGAGAAUAUACAAAAAAGGGACCUGCUUAGUGUGACACCGGUAAAUACAUACCCAAUUAAUAUUUUUCAUUUUUUUUUCCAUUAAAUAUUAAAGUUCAACUGAUAGGUCUUGUAUGCAUAUUACUAUAGAUGUGUAUAUGGACAAAGAAGACCGUACAACAGUGAGAACCAUAGUGAUAACAUCCCAGAAUUUAAUUGGGCAUAGAAUAACCAUCAAUCCAUGUUCUGCUUGUUCCUGACCCAGCGCAGGUUAAUGUGUACAGACAGAUCUGUAACUCCUCUCAUUCUAGACAGCCAGAGUGACAGCUGUGAGGGGCCACAUCGCUGUAGUUUUAAGUCCAUCUCAGAACUCUUAAGCACCAUGUGCUCAGCAGUUAUACCAAGGUGGGGUAGUGUUUAGAGUUACUCUCUUAAAUCACAGUCAUUCUAGUUCUUAAACAGCUGGUGUUAAAAGUACUCAUAACUCGUUACAUAUCCCCACAUACAUACAUAUCCCUACAUACAGCCUUCUUUCUUAAAUGGACACUGCAGACGCCUAAAGCACUUUAGCUUACUGAGAAGGUUUGUGUGAAGUGUGUCCUCCUUUUUGUAACAAGAGAAAAAAAAAGUGUGCAGAUUUCAAUAGAAAUUUAAAUUUUAUAAGUUAUACUGGUUACACCCCAUUGGCUUUCAAGCAGAUAACUGGUCCUGUUACUUCCUUCCUGGUUUGGUUAGCUCAGUGAAGCUAAACUCAAGAGGCAGCAAUUGCCCAGAGCAUCUGCCUUACAAAGACUUCUCAUCGAGCUGCAUUGGGAAGUCUGUGAUUGGUCAGCCUCAGAAAGUCUGGGCGGGGUUGGAAGGGGAGGGCUUGCAAAGGCAGCAGACAAGAGUGCUGCAGGUUUUGCAAGAGGGUUUUAGAUAUACCCCCAAGGAAGUAAUGCCAAAGAAAUACUUGCAUGCUGUAACUUGGGGUUUAUCUACUAAACAGUGAUUUUUAAUUACCUUGAUUUGGGGCAGUGGCGUUUCCCUUUAGGCUUUCAUUUUUUAAUGGGAUUAACCACCAAAGUAAAUUUUCCCUCACAGCCUAGUGUGUUGCAAAAAAUAUUAAUCGCAUAUGUGUAAACGUUAUGGCGUGUGGCUGUGCUUAUUUGUUUUGGUUUUUAAUAUCUCGCUGAGGAGCAAAGCAUUUGCUAAAAUAAUUGAAAUCAUAAAUUGCUGUGUGUGCGCCAUGUUACUUGCUGCUAAGUAAGGCAGUAAAGAAAGAACCACAAGCGCUGUGGUCAGCUGUUUUAAUGGAUGCAGUAGAGUGUCUCCAGGAAGGAAAUUAGUGCAAUUGAAUUUAGCAACAAAAAUUGGGUCAAACGUAUUUUUUAAAUUAUUUAUUUUUUAGAUCUGCUGUUUCAUUAAAGGAGCCUCUGUGCAUAUUUCCAAAAUCCAGUUUUUUUUUUUUGUUUUUUUUUUUCUCUCUCUCCUCUCUCAAAUGAUCUGUGGCUGUCCAGCUGUAGUACUGGACUACAGCUCCCAUCAGACAUAUGAAGCUGUUCUACUGCCAGUGGCUGCUAAAACCACUUGGAGUAAUGGAUACCAGAAAGGCCAUAAAACAAGCAUUUCAGGCCCAAAGGAAUGAGCAGUCAUGUUAUUACAAUGGCGUAUAACCUCCUUAAAUAAAUCUGAGUAAUUUGUUUGGACUUUGUAGGCCAGACUUCUUUCUUCAAAGGUUAGACGGGCAGUGCUAUCAUUUUAUUUCCUGUGUAAUUAAUCAUUAACCUGUGCAGCUACUCGAUACGCUAAAAGUAUGUAAUAAAACAGGAUGGCACUAUUUACAUUGCAGCUCUCUAAAUUGUGUUUUAAAGUGGGAGACUCGCAUACCGAGUACUGGAAUCACCCCUCCUCCUGCGAGUUUUCUCUAAAGGAAUCUAAUGUUACGAAUAAUUAAUGAAUAAUUAAUGGACUAUUUUCUAACAAGUACCCAAAUCUUGACACAAAAUAAGCCAACAGAAGGGGUUAAAAUUGCUGCUCCUCUGAGUUACUGACCUACUAAUGCCUCCGGGGAGGAAAUAGCGUCAUGUGAUACGCAUGGUUUAUUCAUGAGACUUGCCGUCUAAUAAAAUCCUCCUCUUAUGCACCCUUUUCCCUUAAUGCAUUGUAUCCUUAGCUGCCUCUCUUCAAUUUUUAAUACGUUGUAAUUUUUUUUUUUUCUCUCACUUAAGCAGACAAUUCAUUUGGGUUCAUGUUCAGGAGUUAUUGUGUUAUGUUUUGCUUGUUGUAGUGGGCAUGUUCUAACGCUAAAGCAGUUUGUUUAAACCGCCUUGUAGCCGUUAAUGCACCUAGAACAGAAUUCUAGUAGAAUUGGUUGUAAACCAAAGGUUUGAUUCCAUGCUAUGGGUAGAAACAGGCAUUUAAUGUUAAAUAAUUAAUUACAUACUAUAUAUCUCUUCCUCUUUAAUAUUGUGAAAAUCUUAAUGUCUUUGCAUGCAUUAUUUUUAUUUCUCUUAGUAUAAUACUUUUAUUUGGGUGUUGAGUUAAUUGUUUAUUAUAAAAGAUUUGUAAAUAUUUUAUUAAUUUUAAGAAAACUUCUAAGAUAAGUGAUUUUUGGCAGAUAUAGAGGUUUGUGUAAUGCCGAGAUGACUUGGUUGACUCCUUCACAGGCGCCCAGUGACAGUCACCCAUAAGCACGUGACCAUCACACAACACCCACCUCUUCCAAAUAAUUGCAGCCAGGGAGCUGAAUGGAGAAGAAAUGUCAUUGGGAUAGCUACACACAUAAGAACCCAAUCACUUACUCCCAUUUUACUCAUUACAAAAAUUGACUAAUGACCCCUGCUCUACCACUAACCACAGACUCGACUCUAUGUAUCUCCGAUGUCCACAGUGAAAUGUGUCUUGCUACACAGGCCUGACUUUGCAUCCACCACUGUAUCUGGAGACUGAGGGGGUCUCUAAAGGACUGUCUCCUUCACAGGGCUCUCUGUAGGACUGUCUCCUUCACAGGGCUCUCUGUAGGACUGUCUCCUUCACAGGGCUCUCUGUAGGACUGUCUCCUUCACAGGGCUCUCUGUAGGACUGUCUUCUUCACAGGGCUCUCUGUAGGACUGUCUUCUUCACAGGGCUCUCUGUAGGACUGUCUCCUUCACAGGCCUCUCUGUAGGACUGUCUCCUUCGCAGGGCUCUCUGUAGGACUGGCUCCUUCACAGGGCUCUCUGUAGGACUGGCUCCUUCACAGGGCUCUCUGUAGGACUGGCUCCUUCACAGGGCUCUCUGUAGGACUGGCUCCUUCACAGGGCUCUCUGUAGGACUGGCUCCUUCACAGGGCUCUCUGUAGGACUGGCUCCUUCACCAGACUUUGGAUCUUUAUUUCCAUAACUCCUAGGUGUGUUGAAACCCAUAUAACAGAGGGGAAGAUUACAUAGUGUACUGUGUACUAGUGUUCACUUUGCAGGAGAUGAUGAAAACUGCAAUGUCUAUGAUGAACAAGUGAUGACAGGAUAUGCCAUGUAUUGGAAUGCGUAGGGCUCCUGCUGUAAGAAUAUUUAAUCUUCAGUUCAUUUUCUUCGUCUACAAACCUACUGUGAUGUGGGAUUUGUUUAGUAGGAUUAAAAUGUCUGGUAUGUUGUGAUAAAAAAACAGUAAGGCUGCGCAACAAGUGUAGAAACUUGAUUCCUGCGGCCUUAACUUGUGGUUGAACAGGUUUAUUUCCCUCAGCUGUGUUUCGGGCCAUAAGCUUGUCACAUCAUGUUUUACCUGCACUAGGAAAAGUGGCUGUCAUUUCUUAAAUAAGUAAAUACACAGCUGGAAUACAGACUUAUGCUCAUAAUAAGCUCUGACUGGCUCGACCCUUUCUAUAUCCACUAGAGACUCGUGGUGAAUGUAAGCUUGGCUGCCUCAUCCCUCAGGUCUAGCUUCCUAUGAUCAAUUUAACCAUGUCCAGACAGAUAAAAUAUGGUGCUAGUAAUGUAGGUAGGUAGGUAUGGUUAGAUCUGCAUUUAUUAUAUAUAUAUAUAUAUAUAUAUAUAUAUAAUUAAUGACCUGUAAUAGCUGCAGGUGACCGAUUUCCUAAUCUGUACAUUUGCAGUCGUGCCUGACGCAGGCCUAAUAGCAAAAAGUACAGAGUAGAAAAGUUAAAUAUAGGGAGAUAUGUUCCGGACCUUAAAAUGGCUGAGCAAAGGGAAACUUGUUUUCAAAGGUUUUAUGAGGUGGACAAACCCCAGAGGGAAUUCAGAAGUAUGCAGCUAUAUAAGACUGGGUCAAAGAAGCCAAAACAGACUACUUGGCCGAAGCCAGGUCAAACACCAAAUAAACUAAACUCAGGAACAGGCUGGAGGGCAAAUACUGAGCAGUAAACGGGCUGAUAUAGCCAGCUGUAACGUGUCUGUCAUUUAAACUUUGCAUUCUUGGACUCAGCUGGUGGCUUUCAGCACCAUCUUGGCUAAAUCCAUGUAAGAGGAGAUGUUGAGGGAGGGGACAGCAUUACAAAUGGUGCCAGAGGUAAGUCUCUUACCUUUUUGUAUUGUAACACUGAAGUGCCUGUAUGUCAUGUAUAUCCUGAGGGCACAAAGUGAUUUAUUUGUUCAACUGACAAUUCUGGAGAAAUGAUGCGGCAUUAACAAAUUGCAGGCCAUACGAAUUAAACUCUGUUAAUUUGAUCCAAAACUAACACUUCUAUUGUCAGUUCUACACCAUCCCAAUUUAGAACUUUAAUACAGAGGUAAAGAUACUGGUCUCUAUUCUGCACAACACACAUUGGUUGUUUAUCUGAGCAGAGGUGUGUGUGUGUGUGUGUGUGUGUAUGUAUGUGUAUAUAUAUAUAUAUAUAUAUCUAUAUAUCUAUAUAUAUAUAUAUAUAUAUAUAUAUAUCCAAGAGGGCUGCACUCACCUAAACAUGCAUACAUUAUAGGGUGCUGCUGGGGCCAAAAUAUACAAAAUACAGAAUCCAGCGCACUCGCUUAUUCACUAAACAAUGCUUUCAAAAUUUUAGAGAUUGUAAUAGUUUUAUUUAAAAACACCUCACCUAGGCAAAAAAUAAUGGGGGUUUAGUUACAUUAUAUGAUCAUAUAUUGCAUAAGCCUGCCACAACGUCAAUGUACCCCAUUAGGCUGCUAGAGUAGGACCUGCCAAGAAUGGGGUACAUUGACGUUGUGGCAGGCUUAUGCAAUAUAUGAUCAUAUAAUGUAACUAAACCCCCAUUUCUUGGUACUGGGUUGGCCUCCUCCGUCUUUACCUCAUGGGAAGAGGACCUAAUGCGCAUGCUGGGAGCACAUUAGGACUUCCCCAUAGGAAAGCAUUGAAUCAAUGCUUUACCUAUGGGGAUUGCAUUGGUGCUGGAUGUCCUUAUGCAGAGCGUAAUAAUAAUAACAACAAAGUAUUUAACCAGGAAAGGUACAUUCAGAUUACUCUGAUUUUCAAGUACGUUCUGGGGAUGUUACCUUAGCCCAACAUCCAGGGGUUGUUACUAUUACCCAAUUUAAAGGUAUUCCUUUUAUCUACCUCGGAAGGAUGAAGGGCUGAGUCAAUCCUCUGUCUGGUAGACAGCCACUGGAGGCAGUCUUAGUAUUCUAAAACUGAUUUACAUCGCAGGACUAAUGAGGACAUUGCACCCAGACAACGUCAAUAAGCUGAAGUAUCUGGGUGCCUAAAGUAUCCCUUUAACCCCUUAAGGACACAUGACAUGUGUGACAUGUCACGAUUCCCUUUUAUUCCAUAGGUUUGGUCCUUACGGGGUUAAGUAAGUAUAUUAAGUCAGGCGCGGUUAUGUAGAUUAAAUUUUCUUCUUUGUAUCAAGGGGCCAAACUGCAAUAAAAAUUAAAAUAAAUGUACAGCACUGCAGAAUUUAUUGGUGCUUUACAAACCAUAAUAUACCGUAAUUGGUGUAGGACAUAAAUUGUAAUUAACUUUCAUAUUUUUCUCUCCCCUGGUUUAAAGUGUCUAAUUCAGAUGAUACUAAUCUCUACCUUCCAAUUACAGCUACACCUUUUUGUGAAUCUGGCAAGCACUGAAACAUGAGUUUGGAAGGCUUGUUUUCCAUUUUGUAAUGCGCUCAUGCUCAAAGUAUUUUCUAGAAAUUGUUUACAGGUCACAGAUCAGUCCUAUUCUGCUGCUGACAAAUGUUCUCAGUGAAAGUUAGCAUUGUAUCUCGGCAAGCACAGCACACCCCUAGAUUGCCAAGAGGAAGCCUUGCAGGAAAUCUCAGUUUUAAUCUGUAGCAAGGACUGCUGAACAUAAUAGUAGAGUUUCUCCUGUUAUGAUUAUGUCUGCGGGACGAUACUGUUUGAGGACAAAUGUGGGUGAGGUUUUCUUUGAAAAAUAUAUUGUACUAUGGCCUAUUCAGGCCCCCUUAAUAUUUUGUUCUGCUGCUGUACAUUGUGACAUCCAGAUUGUUAGUGCUUUCACAGCGCCCCUUUAAUACCACUGUCUCGUCUUUCCUUGAUUCCCCAAAUGACAUGCAUCGCAUAUUUCCCAGUAAAAUCCACUUAAUAUACAUUGGUUGGUGGUUUUACCACAUCAGCGGAAUGUUACUCGCUACUUCUCUGUAUCGCAUCUAGGGGAGGUUAUUGCCUAAUGCAAAAGUUGUUGCCAAGAGGUAAUUUUCUGAAAACCGUUUAAUUUGGCCUUUUAAAGGGACGCUAUAGGGUCAGGAACACAAACAUGUAUUCCUGACUCUAUACUAUUAAAACCACCAUCUAGCCCCCUUGGUCCCCUCUUGCCUCCCUAAAUAUAGUAAAAUCUUACUUGUAUUCAAGUCUGGAGCUGCUUGCUUUGUCCCUGUUUCCUUUUGACCUGCCUGCUGACAUCAUCAGAAGUGGUUGCCUGAUCCAAUCGCAAUGCUUCCCCAUAGGAUUGGCUGAGACUUCCAAGGAGACAGAUCAGGGGCAGAGCCAGCACAAUUCAUGCACAGCCCUGGUCAAUCAGCAUCUCCUCAUAGAGAUGAAUUGAAUCAGUGAAUCUCUAUGAGGAAGGUUCAGUGUCUGCAUGCAGAGGGUGGAGACACUGAAUGUUUGAAUGCAUUUUAGGCAGCAAUCGCCCAGGAAAGAUCUCUAGCAGCCAUCUGAGGAGUGACCAGUGAAGUUAUCACUAGGCUGUAAUGUAAACACUGCAUUUUCUCUGACAAUACAGUGUUUUAUAGCAAAAAUCCUGAAGGUAAUGAUUCUACUAAUCAGAACACAUGCAAUAAACUGUAGUUGUUCUGGUGACUAUAGUGUCCCUUUAAGUUUUGUUUGUUUAUUAUUUUUUUCCAUUAAAUUUUAAAGGCAGUAGGAAUACAUGUUUGAGAAUGUUGUUAUAACAAAUUGGAUUAUUUGGACCCAUAGGAGUAAGUAAAGUGUUUUACUUUACCUUAUUUCCCCCAGCACUCUGGUGUCGCAGCAGUCUUCCCACUCUGCAAGCUGAGAUAAUCAGUCCUAUUGCUUCCCCGUAGGGAAACAUUGUGCGGCUAGUGCGCAUGGGCUGCAAUCGACAGACACCACCAAAUAGCAUCUCCUCAUGGAGACCCAUAGAUUAGGUGCAUCUCUAUGUAGAGUGUUUAGACUCUAAGUGUCUGUCUUGCAAUAUAUGCAGGACCCCCAACCAGGAAGUUCCUCUUGUAGAUGUCACAGUGACAGACAUUGAAGGUGGCCUUAAGUGGCAGUGUUUGCAUUGCUGAGCUUGAUGCAGCAGUUUCUUAGCCCCAGAACCAAUAUAUUAAACUUUAAGGGUUCUGGUUCGUAGAGUAUCCCUUUUAAGAUGUUUAUUUCCAAAGUUGAGUAAGCCACUAGCACAAUAAUUAAACUAAUUUAACUUUAUAGGAGAAAGGUAGAUUGUAGACUUGUGCAAUAGUUUUUGUUUUGGAUGGUUCGUCCAAAUCAAAUUCCUUUUAAUCCACACCCAUAUUGAAAGGAAUUUGAUUUGGAUGAAUUGUUCAAAACAAAUUCUUGGUAAACGAUAGAUGGCCAGGAAGAAAAUCUUAAUUUGUUCUGAUACCUAGUGUCAACACUUGGCACAUUGGGACCUUCUCGAAUGUUAUUUUGGCACCUGGUUACAGUAUAACCACAUGGCCUUACAUUUUGACAUCUUAUAACAAUAUAGAAUGGUAUGUACCUGUUAUAUGACAGCAGAUGUUAAUCUGCCCUUACAAUAAUAAAAUAUUUGCCAAGAAAAAAAGUAUACAAAGUCAUACCUUCACUAUUACUCUUGGCGUGGUCAUGUCAGGACUUUUUAAGAGGCUGUAAAAAAAAUAGCAACUAAUCUUUUACUAUCUAAGAUUUCAACAGUAUUGAAACCCACCGAUUUAUUUAUUUUUUUCCCCCCUCUAUGUUUGCAUUCGGUACAUUUAGUUAAACGUGAUGGAACGAUCAGUUUUCAGGAUAUGUAAUAUAUUACUUCUCUACUAUAAGUAACCAAAUGUGUUUGUGAGGUCUGAAAAAUAAACUUAAAUAUAAUCAUCCACAGUGCUGUACUUGGCUCUCAACCGGAACAGAGUGCUUCUAUCUCCCAAUAAUUCAUUGAGAGUAAACUCUGCAUGUUUAAUGUCAUGGAACAUAGUGCAUGUGGUGGAGAAACAGGGAGAUUUGUCAGUGUGUCUCUUUAACCCCUUAAGGACCAAACUUCUGGAAUAAAAGGGAAUCCUGACAUGUCACACAUGUCAUGUGUCCUUAAUGGGUUAAUGGUGAUCAUAUUGCAACUGGACCAGAAGAAAGUUGGAUGCAAGUUACCUAGAAAAAAAUUCUAGACAGAAUGGGAGGUAACCCUUGGUGUUCUAGUACAAAGAGAGGCAAACUGUCCUAUUGGUAUGAGAAAUGGUUAAAUCCUAAACCAUAACUUUCAAUAGAAGUUGAGAUAAAAAUGAAAAGAAGCUAAAUAAACCUAACGUUUGUGAAAAUGGGAUAAGGUAAAAGUGUGUAGAUAAAAUAUAUAGUAGGUCAGUACAAGUAGAAAGUCUCUGUAUCCAUAAAAGGAGCACUCACUGUAGACAAAGGCACUGCAUAACUAAUAAUCAUACAGAUCAUUCAAAACUGUUGUAAAUGUUAUUAAUGUGCAGUUGCAACACUGUAUUUGAAAUGUCAGCCCAAAGCUCAGAGGAAGACUGUAUAGACGGAAAAUUAAAGAGACAGAAUGGUUUACAGCAGUCGCUGAAUUAAAUGCUGUUGAGAACUGCAAAAAUAGGAUGUGGACUAAACCGUUAUUUGUAAAGUUUGUUGCAAAAUCUAGGUAAGUAAAAAUAUAAACCUCAGAUCUAGUUUAGAACACCAUCCAAAUGUCUAAUAAAACAAAAAUUCUGUGUUUACAGCAUCAUUUUUUUUGUGCACCCCUAUGAGCGAGAGGUACUGAGCUACGAGUCUAACAUCAACAGAUAGCUGCAGAAAAAUAGGCUCCUUAAAUCUUAAUUAUUACGUAACAAAAUUCGGUGCCUGCGAGGGCACCUUUUAUAAAGAGAGAAGAGGACUAAUCGAACUGCCCCACUGUUCAAGAUUAUACCUGGACUGCUAAUGUAACGGUUAAAAAUCAAUAGUAGCAAACCGAGUAGGUAUGACCGGACGUAUAAAGAUCCGAUCCUGAUACGAGACGAGCAAGUCUUAAGCUAGUAUAAAAUUCCGAUAUCCCGAACCACCAGACUUCACUAUAGCAGCAUAUAUUGAGCACAUAACAGGAGAGAGGUCCGGAUUAGUCUGAGAGAACUGAAUGCUUGGAGGUAUCGGGAAUCAGUCCAGACGCGUUUCGCUGGUAAGCGGCUAUUCAAACUGCACACAGCGCUCCGCGAUCUACUGGUGGAACACAAUGCAACAUGUGCAUGUGUUCCACCGCCAGGACCUCUCAGCCUGUUCUCGUCGCGCACAUUCGCGGCACUUGGUUUUGAAAAUCCGACGGACCGCAAGAGGUUAAGUAUUUUGUCGCAUAUAUUCCGACAUCGGACCGGAAAGGGUUAAUACUCAUUAAAACAAUGGCAGAUCACCUGAGGAAAAAAGGUUAAGACAAGUUAAAGAUUAUUUUCAACAUUUUAUUCCACGAUUUUAAUGCAAAUAGAUAUCAGCCAUUACUUUGCUGCAGAGGGAUUUAGAUAGACUGGGCACACAAAUGGCAGAUGAAAUUUAAUGUAGAGAAAUGCAAAGUUAUGCACUUCGGCGUAAAGAAUACACAAGCAGCGUAUACCCUUAAUGGAAGCGAACUAGGGAUAACAACAAACGAAAAGGACUUGGGAAUUGUUAUAGACAACAAACUAUGCAACAAUGUGCAAUGUCAAUCAGCAGUGGCCAAGGCCAGUAAGGUAUUGUCAUGCAUGAAAAAAGGCCUUCAUUCUCGGGACGAGAAUACAAUUUUGCCUCUUUAUAAAUCACUAGUAAGACCACGUAUUGAAUAUGCUGUCCAACUUUAGGCACCUGUUCUAAAGAAAGAUAUGUAACUAUGUAACUGUUAUUUACAGAGAAGUGGCGGUUCUUUGUUUUUUAAGUGUUUUAUCUGUGAAGCUACCCUAAAUUUAAUUGAGAGAUAUUUGAUUAACUGGAGGAAUCUUUCAGAUAGAUCUCAUGCUAUUGUUAUGACAGUUUAUUUUUUUUAAUGCUGUACUCUUACAUCAUCUUCUAGCCAUACAGACUAUGCUUCAAUUGUUCCAUACAGGUGUGGUUUUACAUUGUGCUGCUUUCAGCCGAGGCUGGGCUGGAAUGUUAAAUAAACAAGGUAACUGAAAAAGGAAAAAAAUAAGUUAUGUACUUGUUAAUCAAAUAAGAUCCUGGCGCUGCCCAGAUCCUGUAAGAUAACCAAGUGCAUCCGGUUAUUUUCCAGUGGAAGCAUGCAGCAUUGAGUCAUUUUAUUCUGCUGUAAAACUAAGUGCAUCUCUUGCUGCGAUGAUAAAUUGUUUCAUUGAUUUUUUUUUUUUUUUUUUAAUUGAUUUUUUUUUUAAAAUGCAAAUAGAGAUCAGCCAUUACAUUCUGCUGUAGCACAUGUUUAGCUGCAAGCCUGACUUGUGAGCAUGUUUAACAGUUCUUUGUUGAAAAUAAAUAAUUACCUGCAAGGCUCCAGGUUUACCUGUCAGAGCACUCUGAUAGGCUGACUUAGGCCCACCAACCAGAGUGCUUGGAGUCAAAUUGCACGGUGUGGGAAGGCUUUAAAAGACUUUCCCAGCCGUGCAAAGCUUAGUGUGGGGGCGGAGCCCGCGCCUGGUGGUGUUGAAUUAUUUAUCAUCUGGAUUUUUUUUUUUCGGAGUGUUUACUUUUUGCAAUUUGGUCUUUUUUUAAUUUUAUUAGGUCGAUGGGUUUUAUGGAUUUUUGUUUGGCCUUUUUUGGGGCUGAAAAAAUAUGUUACAAAAAAAAGACAUCUAAUGGUAAGCAUUAUUUUUUCCCCCCCAAGUAUUUAGUUUAUUGCUCCCUCUCACAAUUAUUAGGGUUAGGGCGGUAGGUAGGAUAUUUAUUUACUGGAGGCUUGGGGACCCCCUAAUCACUGGGGGGUGAAUUGGGGCUUUGUGACCCCUAGUUACUUUGGGGGCAGGGGUUAUUUUUACUUUAAGCCCCCACCCGCCUCUAAUGGGAGGUGGCCUUUGGGGGACACAAUAGGCCCCCCUUAUCACUUAGGGCUCCCACCAGCCGCUAAUGGGUGCAGGCCUAUAGGUACCCCUACUUAUCACUUAGGGCCCCCACCAGCCGCUAAUGUACCCCUUCACUUAUCACUUUUCAGCCACAUUCGCCGCUUCCCUUGUUAAUUAUUUAAAAAGGUGCCUCACCAUGGGGAACCUAUGUGUGGUCAUAUUGACCCUCAUAUAGUGAGGGGGGCAUAGGGAGAUUUAGGAAAUGCUCUCCGCCGUUUCUAUUUUUACAUAUUACAAGGAGGGAGCUGCGAGCCGGUUACUCCUUCCUUGUAGUAAACUAAACGAAUGAACAAAGAGCGAAUUGCAAAUUGGUCUUUGUUCGUUCUUUGUAAUUUAUAUUUGUUCGUUCAUCUUUCUGAUGAAUUUCUGUCCAAUCCCCAAGUGUUAAAUGAGAAGAAAUAGAGGUAAAAAUUAGUGAACUAGGGGGACAAUAAAAUGUAGUGGAGAGGGGGUUUAACCCCUUAAGGACCAAACUUCUGGAAUAAAAGGGAAUCAUGACAUGUCAUGUGUCCUUAAGGGGUUAAAAUAAUAAUAAUUAAAAAAAACAAACAGAUGCGACUAUCACAGUGCCGCUUUAAAAAGACACAAGUGAUUUUAAUUAUUUUGGUUCGUUGCAAAUCUACAGUUUGUGAAAUGGACCUAAUAGUGACUGAAACGUUCUAGCCAAUCCCAUCCUCUGUUUUCAGUAAGACCAUGAGCAUCUUAUUUGCUCUUAUUUAUGAGUCUGUACUCUUUCUUUUAUUUAUUUUGUUCAAUUUUAAGUCAAUCAUGACUGGGCAUCCUUGCACUUUCUGUAUUGCUGCUCUCAUAAAAAGUGAAUUGACACACAUUUUAGGGAGCUGUCUAUCUAGUAGCUGGCAAUGUUUUAUGCUGGAACGCUGAACAGACAGCAAGCUGAAAUGGUUAUGGUGCGUAUAGUACCCUUUAAAAAAAAAAAAAAAAAAAAAUUCUUUAUUUUAUUCGUGCACGGUUUACACUGCCACAACAUCUGGUGCAAAUUGAUCUUUAGACAUAUUAUAACAGUAGUGUGGUAUUGAAAAAAAAUUGCACAUUUUUUGUUAAUGUAAAUAAGCAAGAUUAAACCUAAUGUCUACAUGUCAUAGCAGUGAACAAGAAGUAUUAAGGUAUGUCAUGGGUAAGUUAGACAUAAGGGUGUCUAAGCAAAUCACGUAUCUUAAGCAGGUCGCCUACAAGGUAGUCAUUGCGAUAACGUGUGAGUUAGUCCACUGGGGUGCGAUUCAAAAGAGUGAAGGUAUCUCUCACUAGGUGCAAAAGAAAAAAAGCUUAGCAUUAGGGGAAGACAGCUUGGUUUUAGCAUCUCGAGGUAGCAUCACAAAUAAACAAGAAAUGUUAUCAGAGAUAACAUUUCAGAUUGUCAUUAGAUAGUAUACUGUACAUGUCAAUAGUACUGCACUAUUUUUAAAGUACAAGAAACUACGGUAUGUACAACACAAUACUCAGUGCCUACAGACUUAAUGUUGCUUAGCUUUACUGAGCGUGACACUCUGCUGCUAUGCUGCUGUACAUUUUUAUGUGGUUAAUACAGUGGAUCUGAUCCAAGCUAUUAAUUUAAACAUACUAUGCUAGGUAAGAAUAAAAUAACUGGCUUCAUCACUAGUAAACAAGGAUUGUACAGAAUAUAAAAUACAGUAGUCCACCACUCGAUUUGUGAGGCAGCUGGGAAGUCAGUUGUAUAUCCCCCGCAGGGAGGCUGGUAAUGUGUGUGUCCUUAUGGGGGGUUUGUGCGCUUGUGUCUCCAUCUCAUAGGGGUACUCCACCAACCCCAGACGCAGAUGCUCUCUUGUUGCAUGGCUCUGUGGGACCGUCAGCUUCCGACUUAAAGAGCGGGAUUCCAGGCUUGUCUCGUUGAAUGACAUGUGACUCGCUGAGUGGGAGUCCUCCGAGUGUACCUAUGGUGCUUGUGGGCUUGGCCACCGCUGGAGCGUUGUAUUGCAGCUAUGUGGCUGGUUUUCUGUGGGAUUGGACUCCUUUCUGUUCUGUACCGCUUGUCGUGCGCUGAGAAGUCGAUGUGCAAACUUCGCCGGGACAGCAAUAGCUGCUUUACAGGCUGUCUUCGGCUCAGGUUGGGUAAGUGUGGGGUUUCGCUCUGCGAGACGGUCCCAGAAGCAGGGCCGGAUUAAGAGCACAGUGGGCCUGGUGCUGACAAUAAUGAUGGGCCUAAUUACGGAAUCUUAUUGAACAAAAACACUAAAACAGUCAUACCUCCCAAGCGUCAUGUAUCUGAUGGAGAUGGUGCUGGAGGGAAACUCAUAGAAUGCAGCUAUAAUAAAACACAUACUCUAUGCUAACUUCUCUCCAAUUUAUGCUUUCAUCUUUCAAGUAAAUCCAUAACCCCUAACAGCAGUGUCCAGUGAAGCAGGAAGUCAAUGGGUGGGGUAAAAGGGUGUGCCACUGGCGCGAAUCACGUGACAAGACCUGCCAAAAAAAGGGGCAUGUUUGUCCAAAGAAUUGGAAGGUCAGCCUGGCAUGAAUGCAUGUCAGGCUACCUGCCAAUCCUGCAGGCUGUCCAACUAAGAGCAUACUAUGCAGGCAGCACAUUGAGCUUGACAUAAAUGCGUCUAAUAAUGUGCUCACUCCAUGCUUUCCAAGGACUUUCCCCUAGCACUCGCUGGUCCACUUGUCUCCUUACCUUCUUACUAGCAGGCAGAAGUUCCUGGUAUAUAGUCUGAGAGAGAGAAAAUGUGUAUGUAGUGAGUGUAGAAGAAAGGGGACAUGCCACAGAGACCAAUGUCUGCAUUACCUAAACUAACUUUAAUGUCAGCCAGCCACACAAGUUUUGUUCCCAUACAUCCCUCUUAAGCUUCCAAACUUAAAGGGACACUAUAGUCACCAGAACAACUACAGCUUAUUGUAUUUGUUCUGGUAAGUAGAAGCAUUCCAUUCAGGCUUUUUGCAGUAAACACUGUCUUUUCAGAGAAAAUAGCUCCACUGGCCGCUCCUUAGAUGGCUGCUAGAGGUGCUUCAUGGGGCAGUACUGCCUAGUCUGCAGCACUGCCAUUCAGUGUCUCCACCCUCUGCAUGCAGACACUGAACUUUCCUCAUAGAGAUGCAUUGAUUCAAUUUAUCUUUAUGAGGAGAUGCUGAUUGGCCAGGGCUAUGUUGGACUUGUGCUGGCUCUGCCCCUGAUCUGCCUAGUUGACAGUCUCAGCCAAUCCUAUGGGGAAGUAUUGUUAUUUGCUCAGACCACCACUUCUGAGCCAGCAACUGCAGACUUGAAUACAAGUAAUAUUUUACUAUAUUUAAGGAGGCAAGAAGGGGCCAGGGUGGUGGUUUUAACAUAAUAGGGUCAGAAAUACAUGAUUUUGUUACUGACCCUAUAGUGCUCCUUUAAGCAAGAAUAUGUGAAGAGUAGUUAAGGUUGCCACUUUUCUUGGAAAAAAAUACCAGCCUUAAUCAUUUGUAUAAUUAAUUAGUUAUGCGUGACAUCACAUGAUGUAAAUCACAAGGAGUGACAGCAGAGAAAAUUCUGUAAAAUCACCAACAAACUACUCACAGUUUGAUUCUGCUGUAUAGAUGGAUUGCUCCCAGUGUCUCCCUGUCUCCCAGUGUCUGUCUCGCAAGUCUCCCAGUGUCUCAUUGUCCCAAUGUCUCAGUGUGUCCCCAUGUCACUAGGAUACUGGGCACACUGAGAAACAUGGGGACACUGAGAGACCCGGGGACACAGAGACAUGGGGACACAUAGACAUUUAGGGAAACUGGGAGAAAUGGGGACACUGAGACAUUAGGGACACAGACACUGGGAGACAUGGGGACACUGAAACAUUUGGGGACACUAAGACACUAGGGACACAGACAUGGGAACACAGACACUGGGAAACUAGGGGACACAGAGACUAGGGGACACUGGGAGACAUGGGGACAGUUGUGGACAUAGACAUGGGGACACUGGGACAUAUAGUGACACUGGGAGACAUGGGGACACCAGGCACACUGAGACACUAGGAACACAGACACUGGGAGACAUGGCGACACUAAGACACUAGGGACACAGACACUGGGAGACAUGGGGACACAAACAUUUGGGGACACUAGGGACACAGGCACUGAGAGACUAAGGGAUACUGGGAGACUAAGGGACACUGGCUGGGAGACAGACAUUUGGGGACACAUGGGGACAGUUGUGGACAUAGACAUGGGGAUACUGGGACAUAUAGGGACACUGGGACACAUGGGGACACUAGGCACACUGAGAGACAUGGGACACAGACACUGGGAGACUUGGGGACACUGAGACACUAGGGACACUGGCUGGGGGACAUGGGAACAUAGUGUCUCCGUGUCCCAAUGUCUCAGUGUCUCCCUAGCAUCCCCAUGUGUCCCAGUGUCCCCAUGUUUUCCAGUGUCCCCAAGUGUCUCAGUGUCCCCAGUGUCUGUGUCCCCUAGUGUCUCAGUGUCCCCUAGUGUCUCAGUGUCCCCUAGUGUCUCAGUGUCCCCAUGUCCAGUGUCAAGUGUCUGUGUUCCCCUAGUGUCUGUGUCCUAGUGUCUCAGUGUCCCCUAGUGUAUGUGUCAUCAUGUGUCCCCUAGUGUCUGUGUCCCCUAGUGUCUAAGGGUCCCCAUGUGUCCCCUAGUGUCUCAGUGUCCCCUAGUGUCUCAGUGUCCCCAUGUUUUCCAGUGUCCCCAAGUGUCAGUGUUCCCAGGUCUCCCAGUGUCUGUGUCCUAGUGUCUGUGUCCCCUAGUGUCUGUGUCCCCUAGUGUCUGUGUCCCCUAGUGUCUGUGUCCCCUAGUGUCUCAGUGUCCCCAUAUGUCCCCUAGUGUCUCAGUGUCCCCUAGUGUCUCAGUGUCCCCUAGUGUCUCAGUGUCCCCAUGUGUACCUGCUGCCUUUCCCCCAUCCCUCACUUACCUGAGCUGUAGAGCUGCUGUCUGGACUCUGUGCUGUGUUGCUGCUCCCCCACGGAUCAGUGAGUAGUAGAGAGAGGCAGGGAUAUUCUGUAACUUCCUAUCCCUGCCUCUCUCCACACACAGUGACCCCUACUGGCCGGUGCUGGUAUUGCAGGGUAAUCUCCAUUUAUUCUGAGAAAACUACCUGCAUUUGUAUUGCCGGUAUUACUGCAAUACCGUCACGGCCAGGCAGCCUCACAUACCGGCUGUGCAAGUAAAAUAGCAGUCAGGUGGCAAACCUAAGAGUAGUGUGUGUUAAUUUUUUUUUUUUUUUUUAAUUAAAUUUUUUUUUUUAAAUGGGCCUAUUCCAUGGGCCUGGGCCUGGGCCUGGAGCUGCAGCUCCAUCAGCCCCUAUGUUAAUCCGGCCCUGCCCAGAAGGCCUGGCAGAUUGCCUCGAACAUGGCUUCAAAUGAUUCUCUCCAAUUCAGGAUUGUUUGGCUGCUCUGGGAUGUUAAUGCGGCGGCCAUCUUAGAUGGGCCGCAUGGCUGGCGAGUUUCUUUCAGCCCUUCUGGCUUGGUUUGAUGCUUGCCACUGAAAGCAUGUGCUGUGGCGACAGGCUUGCCCAGUGGGGACCAGGAUUUCCCCCACUGGUCCGAAGUGGGGGAGGGAGGUUUGGAAUACUGCAGGACCUCGCUGCGAGUUGUAGAGCUAGAUCAGCCGCCUCUCCCCAGCUCCGCUCCCAGUAGGCCACAAUAGAUUCGUCCGGGCAUUCCGCAGCGGAAAUUGUUAGGAACAGGUAUUAAUCUACUUGCCCAAUUCAAGCAACAUAAGGUGGUUAUGGUACCUGGAGUGUUCCAUCAAUUUGUAUAUAUACUCUCUUGACAUUAUUAAAUGCCGUCUGAGUCUUUUACAUAAUCCUGUUUCCACCAUGAGAAAGGUUAAUUAAUAAAAAUGUCUGUUCUUUCCUCCACACAUACUUAGACCAACAUGCGUAGUCUCUUCAUUUAGAUUUUUUUUUUUUUUUUAAGUUGUCCUCUGUCAUAAGGAUACAAAACAAGUUUAAUAAGGCUAUACAAAUUUCUUCAGUUUUCUCAAUAUCCUGUUUCUAAACUAAACUGAUGUUUACAAGAUGUUUGUUGUCGAGGUUUAUGUUCACCAAUCACACUUAUUUACUAACCUUUAUGAAAUCAAAGUGAAUUUCAAUGUGUAAGUCACAUUAUGGUUUUGGACUAAGAUCAGAAAUUCACUUUGAAUUCCAAAGAUUUUGGAUUUUAGAGCAUAAUCCUGACAAUGUUCAUGUUAAAAGGUGAAUGUGCAAAGAUUAUUUGAGUCUAGGACUUUUAUAUUUUAAUUGAGUUGUGAGAAAUCUAUUCGCUGUCAGGUUUAUAUCACAAUUGAUCGUAAAAUAAAGAGGUGUAUCUGGGACUUUGGGAGACCUGUUUUUUUUUCAAAUUAAAAACAAGCAAAAACCCGAGUAACUGCACCCAAAGUUUGGCGGUUAUGGUUUUUCCUAGGAUACAUUGUCAUCAAGAACGUGGUUUUUAACCUUUUGAAUGGUUAAUUUAUGUAUCUAUAAAUUUUGAUUUAAAAAAAAUGUACAUUAAUGAGAAUCUACAAGGUUAUUAUCCAUGUAUAAGGAUGCUUAAAUGAUCUCUAUGAUCAUGGACAUAUUAAUUGUAUUUGGGGAGGAUUUAGCUAUAGUUACAUUUUAUAUGACACGUUCACUUGAAUAAUGAAAUAGAUGAGUCAAACUUGACAUUUGGUUGUGCCCUUGGAAAAAACAUCCCAUACACCUCUGGGAAACCCCAAACAAAAUAUACAUGUUUGCUAUGACUAGUAAAGCAUUUUAACCACAAAAUUAAUGGUGUUUAUUGUCAGAGUGAUAUAUAUUAAAAAGAGGAAAUCUCAAGGUUUUCUUAUUUCUGUUCAAGACUCCAUUGCUAACUAAGGCAUUAUGGUGGGUGCCAAGCUGUGUUGUGUGCCUUUGCUAACCAUGAGGGGGCUAAUUAUUAUUAUUAUUAUUAUUAUUAUAUUAUUAUUAAUAUUAUUAAAUAUAUAUAAUUUAUUUUUUUCCUUUUAAAGCUUACUGAAUAUGCAACAUAAUAUAUUGAUCAAUGGUCAUUAAACAUUGAUGCAAAAUGCCUAUUGUGCUUGGGGGGAAAAAGAUGAGGUAAGCAAGGAGAGAAAAGGUAGUCAGUUGCUGAAUAAGGCUAUCAUUAGCCGAGUGUAUCGGUUCCUCCUUAGUCUGCAUAUCUUUAUGAGUAUUGUUAUUUAAUAGGAAAUGGACUGGGAAAUUUCCAGUAAGCUGGCAUUAAAGUAUAUGAUAGGUGAUGCCUUAAAGGACAACUGAUGCUUCAAAAGCAUUUUUUUUUUAUUUAAUAAUUGUUUAAUAAAAUAAUUUUAAGAUAAAUAAAAUUUGAUUUAAUAAGCUAUAUGUAAAAAAAAAGAGAAAAAAAUGUAUUGACAUUAGUGUAUGACUGGUUCCUCCAGCCAUUUCACACACGUUUGGGUCAGACCGUGUUUGAAAACCGGCAGUUAGUCUCUAUGGUUUUUUUUGCUUCUGAGGCCAGGAGGCCAUCUUGCUCACUGACCAUUUGAGGGCUCACUCACAGCUUUCCUUAUACAGUGAUCACUCAAGAGCAACUAUGCAGUUGAGGCAGUCGUUUCUCACUUUUACAAAUCUUCUCCGGGAGGCUAAGUUUCCAUACAGACUGGGUUUACAUCGCUUGUUGGACGAGAGAGAUGGUAAGAUGUUUCCUCUUAGGCGGCCUCAGGACGCACCAGCUUUUCUCCAAGCACCGGGUGUACCUACCGAGUCUCUCCCACGGCAGGGCCGCAACUCCAUCUCUUCCAUUUAGCUAGGACUGCGUAUCCUACUGCCUGAAACCAUCACAACUUCUUAUUUUGAUUCACCUUAUAAUGUGCAUUGCUUUUGAUUUGUUUUAUUUACCUGCAUCUUCCAUGUUAUAUAGUACGUGUUGGGGUGAAUUUCCCCCCCUGCUAACUCCUUAUUUGUGCCAGUUUCCUGUUUAAAUUGUACUUCUCUUUCUGGGAUAGCCCACACUUGGUAUACAAGAUGGGUCCUCACAUUAUGGUCUGUGGUAAAAUAGCAGAGUAUUGAGUCCUUUAUGUUCUUAUUAUUGCUAUUAUGCAGCUAUUGUUUUAUAUAAUAUUAUACGUCAGCUGCUACACAUUGUACCUGUAAAAACUAUUUGGUACCUCUGUAUUGCUUCAUACCUGACCUGAGUAAAAAUAAUAAUAAAAAAAUAAAUAAAUAAAAAGUAGUUAUGGGGGAGCAAUGUAUUGUUACUUAGUUAAAAUGCUCCCACCUGUAACCCCCGGCCUGCAAAAAUAAAAUAAAAAUAAAAUAAAAAGUAAUUUAAAACGAAAAUAAAUUAAUUGCUCUCUUUCCUUCCAGCGUGGCUUCUCUCCCCCCAGCGCUGCCACAACCUCCUCCUUCUGUGAUGUCAUCCUAGAGGCACAAUCCGAUGCUAUUAAUAGAGGAGCAUUGGGGACUGUAGGUGCAUGCGUGCUCGCUUCGAUGCAUCUAUGUUUUUGCCAUCGAAUUAUUGAAUGCUUUGGUUUGCUAUGGAAGACUGUGCGACACGCGUGUGACGUCUCCAUAUGUUAGGGUAUGAGAGCUAGGAAGUCCAGUCCCGGCUCUCAUACCCAGAGGAUUUGGAGGCAUGGGGGAGACACUGUAGGCCAAGCAUGUCAAACUCAAAGGCUAACACAGGCCAAUUAAACAAGGUUUAAGGUUAUAUGGGUUGCAAAAAUAAAUAAAAUUCAGUUUUAAUAGAAACGUAGGUUUAUUUACCUGACACUGGACGUCCUCACGCACGUAGGGCUGCAAAGUAAACAAGAGCAAAUUUAUUUUAAGGAGACAUGCAUUUGCUUAUCACCAAUCUUUUAGUCCAACUACCUUCACAUAUUAAGAAAAGUUUGGUAAUGGGACUGAAAUGGUGAAUGUAUGCUGUUGCACAUCUAAAAAAAAAAACUGUUGAUCUUGAACUUGAUGAUCUCCGCCAAUCCAAUGCUUUCCCAUAGGAAAGUAUUGGGAGGCUGUUGUGCAUGUUUAGUAGAAAACAUUAAUUUUAUUAUUUUUUUAAAAUAAUUUUAUUUAUACUGUACUUUUCUAUGGAAACUUUUUUGCGGCCCACUUAAACCUUGUUUGUUUGGCAUUCUUGAUGUAGGCACUUAGUGAAUUAGUACAGUGUUCCUUUAAGAAUUGUGCUCCCCAUAUUAUAUAGUUACCUAAAGUAAUGUGAAACUAAUGUAUGUUCUUUAAAUUGGGAUAUAUGUACUUUAGAAUUUUAAGUUGGCUUUAUCUCCAUAUUUUCUAGAGUUUAGUGCAGUAGGUUUAUACAACAUUCAAACUAUUCACUGUAAGGUUGUUUUAAAUGUUAACUUAAAUUCAAGACAUCUGGCAUGCAGGUACAUCCAGCAUUGCCAAAAAAAAGUUACUUGUGCUCUCUCCUAAAUCCCUAUGUAUAUUUAAACAAAUGGAGGUAUUGGAGUAACUAAAUGACCUCCAUUUGUUUAAAUAUACAUAGGGAUUUAGGAGAGAGCGCAGGUAACUUUUUGGGGGUCUUUACUGUAUGUAUUGGGGCUGAUGUGUACUGUGGUCGUUGCUGCCGCCCAGGAGUGAUGGGAGUGAGUUUUUGUAUUUGUAUUCACAUCUUGAAAGUUGUAGUUCUUUUAUAGCCAGGGAUAGGAAAACCUAUUUGGCCAUCAAUCAUUUACAGAGGUGUUAAAAAAAAAAUUUAAAAAAAAAUGUAGGAGUCUUUUCAAAGUGGGACAAAAUAAUAAAAAAGACACCUAUUUUUUUUUUUUUUAUAUAGAGGUUAUCGGUCUUGAUGGUAAAUACUUCCAUACACUCUUUAUGGGACUGCGGGGUCAGCACGAUAAUGGGUAAUGAUAUUUGGAAACCGUUACAUUUGCUUUUAGGGGGAGAAGUCAGUGGACAUAUGUACAUUUACCUGCUGAGUUUCCCUGCCGCAGUCUAGGGUUUGGUUUAAUGGGUCUAUUGCCCAGAUUGCUUUUGGUAUUAUGAGAUCCAGUUAACGUUAACAUUUAUUAAAGGAAAAUCCCAUAACUCGCACAUCCCCUGGGGAUGCUUUUUAGGAAUUGGGGGACAUUCUUUAAGACCACACUUUCUUCAUAGGGGGUUCUGUGGACCUUGUCUUAAAUCCAUCUCACACCUUGUUGAAGACAAGCAAUUGAGGGUUGGUUGAUUUAUUUUAAGUUAAAUUUUCUUGUGAUGAAAAACAUGCCUGCUGACAGUUUGUUCAUCCUUCAAUCCUACUUAUUGAUUUACUGGAAACAAUAGGAAUUCCUCUGCUAGUCCGUACCAUUUCCUCAUCAUUUGGGUGCAGCUCAAGGGCAGCACAGAUUAUCUUCAUCGAUCUUCACCUCGGCUGCUGGUAAAUGUAGUGACCUUCAUCCAGAAUCCGUAAACCACAUUUUCCUACAAAUUGUUGGUGCCAUUUUGGUACUGCAAAUCGAUCCAAUUGUAAAUGACACCAUAACAUAAAAAGGGACUUUAUAUUCUUUAAAAAGUAUUUAUAACCCAUCCUGAAUGUACCAAAAUGUAACAUUUUAAUUGCUAGUUGUGCUUGACGUUCAUUUCACUUGCUCAGCAUGUCUUAUUUAUGUCUUUGUUUCUUGAUAGUCACGUAGGUUUUAAUAUUAUUGUGGAGAAUUGCUGGCAUUCCUUGAAUGUUAUUUGUAAUUCAUACGAGGAAUGUCCUGAUAUUAUUUUGUGUCUCUUGGGGAUUUAAGAGGAAUUUCGGUCUGUAAUCAAAAAAGGCACGCAGUGAUAAAUCUCAAUAGAACUUCUGCCAGAAUGGAUCUUCCAUGGCUAACAGCAGAACGAUUGAUCUCCUGCCCUUCACGUAAGCACACUGAAAGAAACAUACGAUAACUACGCAAAUUUAAAAAAUAAAUAAUUGCUCUGAUUUGGUGACUGACCCACAAUGAGAAGCAUGUGGUCCAGCUGGAUUCCCCACCGGUGCCUUGCUUUGAAGGGACUCUCCUUCUCUUUGCAUUUAAUAUGGUGCAAAGAGGCCCAUGUCUCUGUACGCACAGUGGUUUAUAAAUGCAGCCAUUUCCUUUUUUGUCCGUAGCAGAAAUAGAAUUCCUACAAAGUCCUAAAAUAAAUACAGGGUAUUUCAAAAACUCCUUCUGGGCAGAUGCUUAUGGUUAAAGCUCCAUCAAAAAGGAAUGAGAGCCUUAUGAUUGUCUGGACAGAGCUCAACACAAAACCUGUUAACACAACAAACACAUUGAGUUCCUGCCUGCAUUGCAAAUUGGUGAAUAGAAGAGUGGGUUAGAACCUGAAAAUUUUAUUUCUAGCAAUUUUUAUCCUCCCCCCCCCCACUGCAACCUAUGGCAAAAGGGACAAAAAGUAAUCUAUUUAUUUUUAAAAAACCUUUUUUUUGCACAGUAUACUUUUAUUAGUGGUCGAGGCCUAUAUUUCCUGAGCUUCUUAGAACAACUUGAGAUUGUCUGUCUAUGUCAAAUAUUUUUUUUCAAGUGCCAUUUUUCUACAUCAACUAAACUAGAUCGAGAGCCCUUGGUAAUAGAGCAAACAUACGGUGAGCGUAAUAACCUAUACAAUAUCUUGCAAAACAGUCUAGUCCUGGUGAAGAUUGUCUAAAUAUAGCAUGUGAUUGGAAAACUUACCGAUAAAUCCAAUAUAAAGCAUAGAUUAGUGUUUGUGUUACAAAGAACUUCUGAUCAACCCAUUUGCAGUUUUAGGUCGAACAAACAUAUAUUCAACAGACAGCUGCCCAGAAGAAAUUAAGCCUGCGAAACAGUCUUUCUUGGUUCUAGAGAUGCCUCUUUGAUAUUUUGUAGAGUCUGAAGCAGACUUUUUGAAAAAAAAGUUUUUAUACUUUUUAUAAUGCUAAUAUUGCAUAUGAGAAAUGUGUCUCCAAGGUGACCAAGUAAUUUCCACUGGGGAAAAAAAAGUUGUGAGUCACCGGAAUGGACUGUAUUUCCACAUAUUGGUCACCCUGGACCACCAUCUUAGGUUAUUUCUCUGGUUCUCAUGUUUUGGAACAUCAGAAGAAAGUGCCCAAAAUGUUCAAACGAGUCCUUAAUAGCCAUUGUGGCUACAACCUGCCAGGGAAUUUCUAGCCAUAAAAGAGUACAUCCGCAGUGCCUUGUGCAUGAAGGUAGAUUGGCUGACAUAAACCAUUUUCAUGUAGUCAAGCUGUUGCACAUCAAUAAUUGUGAUCUAGAUAUGCACCCGGUCUUCUCCAAAAUCUGAUUUCAUGCCUUCCAAUGUUAAGAAACAUAGUAGAUAGAUUUAAUAACGUUCUAAAUCAAACAGUAGAAACUCUGUUAAAUAAAAUAAAUUAUGCCACCAAACCAUUAUUGUAGUUAUGAAUGUCAUGAUAUAGACUUGCUAAACCAUAUCAGAAAUCAAUGAGUCCCAUUCUUCUCUGCUAGUUUGUAUCCAUGUUUGUCUAUGGGGAACUUCAAUUCAGAUCAGCUUCAGGAUUUAGAGACAGACAUUUGGCUCAUUUUGUUUACCAAUUAGUUCACAGUGAAUGCGGUGCAGGAUUACUGUCAAAUGAAUGCUAGACAAUCGAGCUGAAUGAAAGUAGACAACUUUGCCAACAGACACAUGCACCCCUCAUGUGAUAUGUAGAAAGGUCAGUCAGAGUCUAUGAGAGUUGCUCUUGGUACAUAUGCGCUAACAGUUUUCUUUUUUUUGGUGAAGAUGACACACUGUUUAUUUCUGUGUGAACCUUGGUACUGAUGAGCAAUAGGAGACAGAUAUUUGAGUUUGUACUAAUUUUUAACCCUUUCAACUAAUUUCAUGCAGUCAAACUGACCAUAUCAGCAUGAAAACAUUUUAAUCGAAGUGGGGAUACCUUGGUGCACCCAGCCCUAUUUGAUCAAUUGACAACUUUUGAGGGCUUCAAGCACAGAAAGUGUGGGAGUGACGGCUGCUCUCCAGGCACUGAACCUGCCUCAUUUACUCUGACAUUCAGUUCUCCCCCCUCCCUUGAACUGCUGGGGGUUAUCCAAGUCCCAGGAAGCAGCCUCACUACUCACCGCAGCGCCCACUGCUUAUUGCAGAGACGCUCCCAAGAUGGGGAUGCCCAAGACUGCUGAAUCAGCAGUGACCAUUGGAGCCGCAUCCAUGUCCGUUCUAGACCGCAUAUUCGUGAAAUGUAUAGUGCGCAUCACGGAAAGAGAGCUGAACUCCAAGACAACUGGCUCGGACGACCAUGUGGCCCCUCAGCAGUCUACUCAAAUUAACACGACAGUGCUGCCGCUGAGGCCCACGCAUAACCUGACAGGUUAGCAUGGCUGUUCACUUAAAUGGCAAAGGCUGCUUGUAUCAAAAUCCCAAAUUCCCUCAAGGCCUGAGGGGCUUAAUACACAACAUGUGGGAGUUUGGCAGUAGGCCUUGGCCCAGAGUUUCAGAACUCUGCUGUUCUCAGCCAUUCAAGAUGGAGGCUUCUGCCACACCAGACUUUACUGGCAAUAUAAUGCAUUUAUGUGGGACCAUCAGCUAAGAGGUCAGCAGCUCUGCUACAGACUGGGCAUCGGAUGAAGGCAUAGCCGAUAUCUAGCUGCCCACAGGCGUUCUGUGAUAUGUCCACUAACCUGGGACUCAUUCCAGUCUUUUACAGGAUGCUCUCCUGCUUUUUAUUUAUUUAUUUAUUAUUAGUUUUUUUUCCUAUUUUAUAGGGCACCCAGUCCUUUCUCAAGAAAUAAUUGGUUGAGUUUAUAUUGCUGUGUAUUGGCAGCCCCACACAUAAUUCUAAGUCGGUGACUCCAGUGGUCUCGUACGAAUACACCCAGGCUACAUAGUUACUCGUUUUAUUAUGUGCAGGCCUACAUCCCACCCAUCUUACCACUGCUUUUAAAUGACUUCAGGACUAGUGAUGUCCUGAACGGUUCGCCGCGGAAGGCGAACAUAUGCGGUAAACUUUGACCCUGUACCUCACAGUCAGCAGACACAUUCCAGCCAAUCAGCAGCAGACCCUCCCACCUCCUGGACAGCUCACUAAGAAUGCAGCUUCACAAUUAAUGUAAAAUGGAUGCUGUCCAGGCGGUGGGAGAGUCUGCUGCUGAUUGGCUGGAAUGUGUCUGCUGACUGUGAGGUACAGGGUCAAAGUUUACCGCAUAUGUUCACCGUUCGGCAAACCGUUCGGGACAUCACUAUUCAGGACAUAUAUUCUGUGUCUCCCAGAUAAUAUUGCUAACACGAGCAGUACUCCUGUAACUUCUAUUACUCAAUUUAUGGGAAGCUUUCAUGUCUUAUUUUAAUGCCCAUAUUAACCUAGUUAUGUACCUCAAGUAUGAGUUUGUUUUUUGUUGUGUUUUUUUUUUGCCCUCAGCCUUAUUUUACUCCGUAAGGACUCACUAUAAAGCACUAGGUCCCAGUGGUUCCAAACAAUAAAUGUCAUGUCUACUUGUCUCUCACUACUCAUUAUCAUACUUUGUUUAUUGCUUAAACCUGUACACUCUUUUGUUUAUUGCUAUGUUUACAAAAUUGUGCUGAUUUUCACAUGUACAUCUGUUAUAUUAUGUUGAUAUAACUGAGCUUGCUGUUAUGGCAUUGCAGGCAUCUUUGUAUUUAUCUGCACAACUAAUCUGUAACAUAUAAGAAUAUAAAAACAAAAAAAUAAAAAAAACUGUACAGGGCAUGGCUGGUUUUCUCGGACCUAGAAGAACUUCUCAACGUCCAACGUGAAACAUGCAGAUGAUGCAGAAUAGUAAAUGCUUAUGUCUGUUAAUAAUUUAAAACACACAAAAUUUCACGCACGGCGAUCUACGAACACCGUAUUAUUUUACUAGAAGUAAUCAUGCAUCAUCUGAAAAGGGGUUUCAUCUUGUUAGGACUCUGUGUAUGGCUUUGUAUUCCAAUGUACACAAUCAUUAUAAUCUGUGUUGCAGCGCCUCCAAGUGGUCAGAAAAUCAGGUCAUGACUUAUUGAAUGUCACCUAAAACCAGUACUAUCUGCAGGCCAAGAAGCGUAAGAGAUAUUAUUCCCAAGGCUCCGAGGUCUGGAGCCCAGGAUGCAUUAAGUAAUGGAUUGAUUGAAAAGCACUUUACUGCGGGGCAUCCUGUGCCCGUCCUUGCUAUAAAUGGUGUAUGUUUAAAAUAAAGCAAAUGCCCAUUUAAACUUAGCUUCUCCAUAGCUGGAGAAUAAUUGAUUCUCCUAAUGUGCCGUGCACAGAUGGCAGGCUUCAUACAGUAUUGGACGGUAAUCUGUCUGUGUCCUAGAAGAUUAAGACGGUCCAGGUUUUGCAUGUGAAAUCAGCUGAUAUAUUUUUUUUUUUCUCUAAAUGAAUUGAAAUCAUUAUCUGCAGUGCAGAGCGUUGGUCGUUCUAAAAGCAUACCACGAGAGUGUAAUUUUUGCUGUGUGGUUUUUUGGUUUCUUUUUCUUGUGAUCAGUUCAAAGCCUUUUUUUAAAUCUAUUUAUUUUAUUUAUUUUUUUCCUGUUCCUUUGACUACGGGAACUGUACAUUCAUUAGCCAAGCUACCAUGUUUUAGUUUGCGAGGGUAGACUAUGUCCUGCCUAAGCUGAGAAAUUUUAUUUUAACACUGGGAAGUAACUUAUUAAACGCUGGGGUACUGCAGUCAUGUGAGGAUUUCCAAGGAAGAGAAAGAAUGUACUGCGGCCUUCUAACACUGUUACAAACCCGGCUCGGAAUGCUUUGCUUUGGGGACUGUAUACGAUGAGAACAAGUGACUUUGUAAAGCUGUGGAAAGAAACUGCAAACUGUGUAUUUUCUGUGGUUCUCUGAAUGACUUCUCUGGACUCAUCUGCUAAAAUGGAUUCAAAUGAGAUGGAUUAUCAGGAAGACUAUAAGUCUCCGUUUAAUUUUGACUGUGGUGUCAACCGGAAUUACCUUUUCUUGGCGCCACAUCUGAGCAGUACGCCACCGGAUUCGCCAACCCUGCUAAACAUGGGUAAAAUGUUACAAACUUUUACAAUCUAAUGUAGUUUCGUGCAAGGCUGUUGGAAUUGUGCAAGUGAUUUGUAGUUUUUCUGAUGUAUACAUUUUGAGAUGGAUAUCUGGUUUUGAUGUGUGGAAUAGAUUUGUGUCUUUAGUGUUUAUAGCUUGGCUGUGUGAUUCUGCAUUUAGAAGUAUAUAUUGGGUUUAUUCACGCAACCGCUGUAAUCAAUUGAAAACUGCUACAUUUUACACUAAAGUAGCUUAUUGUUUUCAGAUUGCUUCAGUUCACUGUUUAGUGAAUAAAGCCUUUAGUGCUUCAGUGUGUGCACUGCUGUGAGAUGGGAUUUUGUGUGGUGCAUAUAUUCACUCGUCUGAAGCUGAAAAUGGAUUAACACUGAGAUGAGAAAAAAAAUUUAAAAAAUUAUUUAUUAAGAGAGACUGACAUAUAUGCUAACAGUGCUACUAAAUACUGGAAACGCUACUUCUUGCUAAAUUAUUGCUGUUUCUUUUGGAAUUUUUUUACGCAAUUAAAAUAAUAGAAAAAUUAGGAGAUUAAUAGAAUCUGAAAGCCAAAAUUUUAGUUUUUGGUCUGUUAAAGGCUACAAUUGUGCCCCCUGGCGUCUGUCAGCAAUACCUCCUCAGUUCACCUCACAGGUACUGUAACCUUUUCUUUAAAAUAUAAAAUAUUUGAAGAAAAUCUUUUAGUGGUUAGUGGCUUUACAGCUGUGUCUAUCAGAAAACUCAUGUGUCAGAUUCUCACAACUGUGGAAAAAUCUAAUUCAUUGCCUUUACUUCAUUGAAGCUACUACAUUUUAAUUUAAUAAAUUACAUUAAAUGCUUCAUAUACUUUUACUUUUUUUUUUUAUUUAAACCCCUAUGCACUUCACCAUCUCUUCCUGACUUAUUGCCCGUUGUACUUUUUUUUUAUUUUAUGUUAGAUCACAGCUGUUAAGAACUCGAAAACAGCUGAGUAUCUAGCCUUUACCUAUCCAGGGUCGCCACAAUCCAGCUCAGUCCAGAUAAGCCCCUUGUUGCCCGACGAGCUUCUUGUGCUUGAUUGCAAGCACGUUUAGGCAGGGCCCUCUUUACCUACUGCUUCUGAAUGUCAUACAUGUCGUGUUAGAAUUGAAUGUUUGUCUUAUUUCCAAUUGUAUAGCAUGACGGAAUAUGUUGGGGCUAUAUCAAUAAAUGUUAUUCUGGUAAUUCUAAUAAGAUGUCAGUCGUUAUGUGUAAUUGUCCACUGCUUGUGGAGGAAGGUGUCAUUGAGUUUGAGAUACAGACAUUUUAAUGUUCGUAGCAAACAUGGUCAUGCUUUAUUGUGGGUCACUGAAUUUGCACGUCGCCACAGUCUGUCAGGUUUUAAACAAGCCUAAAAAAAAACAUUUAAACAAAAGGUACUUCCGGGCUGCUGUGAAAUCCAACCCCUGUUGCUUGAUCAGGGGUACAAUACAGAAUGCAAAAUACAGGAAACAGAUGAGCAGUGCUGCAAGGAUAUGCUGUGUGCACAAAGUACCACUAGUGAUUUAUUUGAAGGACGUACAAAUGGCGAUAUCAGUCAGAUAUAAACACUGAUGAAGGGUUGAAUCCCAAAACAUUUGCUGUACUUUUGUAUGUCCGUUAGAUAAAUCACUAUUGUAGCACUUUGUGUACACCGCAUAUCCUACUAGCACUACUGAUUUUUCCCUGUAUUUUUUUUUUUUUCAUUGAGGUUGCUUUUACAAAUGAAGCUCUUAUUCUGGUUACAAAAUGAAUAAUCAGCAAGAAAUGGCUGUUACAAUUUGCAGGAGAGAGCUAUAAUUUCCUGGCUUAUUACAUUUCAGAAUGUAAAUCAAUACAUGUAUAUAGUAUUUUCAGUCUAUCAUCUCUCUAGAAAUACUGACUUUAAAGGAACACUCCAAACACCAUAAUCACUACAGCACACUGUAAAGGUUAUGGUGACCUCAUUGUAAGUAGUCUAACCAUUUUGAGUCAAUUUGACGUCUUACUUGAGAUUAGUCAGGUGCUAGAUGUGAGAACCAGAAGCUUCUCUUCGCUUCCAUUACCUCUCCUGAGCUAAUCCCAGCAGUGCAGUUUUAGAACCUAGGUCUGAUGGGCAACACUCCUCACCUCCCUGUAGGCGGAAGUGAGUGUUCAAAGCCCCUGUUAGCCAAGUCACGCAGGGCUAGCUCAUUGGCUGAGAGUUAUCAGCUGACACUCUUAGCCAAUGAGCUAAGCCUGUACUUUCAGAAAGCAUCUGGCUUUGCUGUAGCUGUAGUGGAGGCAAGGAGAGGUGCCCCGCGGACCCCAUGUAAUAAGUGAAACCAUUCUAAAUAGUCUGACUACUUCCAGCACAGCGAAGGGGCCUGAAGUGUUCCUUUAAUUCUUGACCCCUUCACCCCUUACAUUACAAGCAGAAUCCAAAUGCUCCAGUCCUCAGCAAUUGUCUUUGUAAGUUGUCGUCACACUUUUAAGCUGGCUAGUGUGUUCAGUACGUUAUACAAACUGACACAAAGAAUCAUCAGUGUCCAAAGAAUAUAGUCCUGUUUCCAGCACAGUGGAUUGCAGCAGCUGUUCUGGAAGGUCACAUAGGUAUUGCUUAGAUGUUACUGUUUACCGAUGUAGCAUUGAUUUUAACAUUGAUAAAUACAAACUUUCGUACUUCCAGUGACCGUCAAUUCAGAGGACAGCGGUCGGCUGCAUAGUUUUUUACUAAAAUUUUAAUGUCCGACAUUAAAGUGAUUUACAAUGUUUAGGCCAUAAUAGCCAACUUGGAAUUAUUUUCUUUUUGAUUAUAUAUUUAGCCUUAUAGUAACAGCUUACCUUUAUUCCAGUCUGCUGCUGCUGGUUCUGCCCCUGAUCGGUUUCCUUGGCUGACCUCAUCAGAAGUGAUGAUCUCAGCCAAUGACAAUGCUUUCCCAUAGGGAAAGCAUUUGAUUGGCUGAGAUUGUCAAUUCUGAUGAUCUCAGCCAAGGAAGCUGGCCGGUGAGCGGAGCCAGACACUGUUCUGGCCAAUCAGCAUCUCCUUAUAGAGAUGCACUGAAUCAAUGCACCUCUAAUAGAAAACUUCAGUGUCUCCGUGCAGAGGGUUGAGACACUGAAUGUCACUGCUGCUCACUGUGCCCCAUGAUGCACCUCUAGUAGCCAUCUGAGGAGUUUGCACUGAAGGUGUCCCUAGGCUGUAAUGUAAACCCAGCCUUUUCUCUGAAACGACAGUGUUUGCUGCAAAAAGCCUGAAGGGAAUAAUUAUACUCAUCAGAACAAAUACAAUAAGCUGUAGUUGGUGACUCCUUUUAACUUUGAUUUCCUGACCAUCUACAAGUUGGUGAAUAACUUGGCUAUUUGGAAACCUAUGUUCAAAUCCUGGUCAGACCAUUCACCAGUAAGUGUCCCUGGGCUAGACACUUAGCGAUAUAUACCUGCUACCAAUAAAUCCUCAUAGAUUGUAAGUUCAUUUUAGCAGGACCUUCUUGACCUAAUUACACUCUGUGUACAUUCUAAUUACACUCUUACAUUGAUUUAUUUUUCAUAUGUAUGUGGUUUUUUUUUUUUUGUUUUCUAAUUCUUUCUUUUUUUUUUCCCUUCAAAAUAAAACCGCAGAACAUAUGUAUCUUGUGCUCUAGGAAUUCAUUAUUUUAUUACUGCCUCCAGAAAUUUAUAUUGGCUGCAUAAUACAUGAAUGAAUGCCUUCAUCAAGCAGUAAUGUGACUUUUGUUUUGUUUUUCGCUACGGUCCAGUAGAUUCAGUAACUGUUUUCGCUGGAUGAUUUAUUUCUUAUUUAUAUUCAUUCAUUUCUUGUAUAAUGUAACCUGUUGUGCGUUUUGCAAUAUGACUUCACAUCGACAUCAGAUCGCACAUUUAUUUUAUUUAUCACUUGGCUAGCUUUUCAGCAUCCCAGAAAUCUGUAGAUUGUUGUUGUUGUUAUUUUUCUGCAGGGGCUAUUUGUCAUGUCUGCCAUUUUAAGAUGUAUUUAAAGCUUUUUAAUUGUGCAACACUUAGGUCAGAUGCCCAUACAUUCUGAAAAUCUGAUGUCCAGAGACUCAAGAUGCUUACAGCACUCCCUUUAAAUGGGAAUUCUCCUCUUUUUACUGGUCUCUGUAGAAGUAUAUAACCUUGGUUUUUUAUUUUUUUUUAUUUCAGGGUGUGUGUUGUAUUACUCAGCUUCGUAAUGCCCUAUUGGUUGUAUCAGGUCUCAAACAAUGGGGGUUAAUUCACAGCAGUCUACAAAUGCACGAAUCCUCAUCUUUUUACGAUUAAGAUUAUGUACUUUAAUGGAGGGUCACAAAUGGUGUGGCAUUUGGACACGAGGCAGGAAAAGAAAUCCCCAGAAACGAAUCACUUAAAUACAUGAGGUGCUGCUGUAUGUGCCUGGAGAAUAAGGAAUUGUCUGAGGGCCAGUUGUGAAGCUUUAGCAACACAGAGCCUCCAAGCAAUGGAAAACUAGAGGUUUUCCAAACAUGGCUGUAUAUGCCAAGGAAAUGUAGAGUCUGUACAAAGCUUGAAGUGUGAGGAACAGUGUUUGUGAAAGCCAUGUCCUUAAAACGUUCAUUAAUGUAAAUUGGUGUUAGCAGCAUUUUCUGUUUUUGUGAUCUAAAUGCAAGAUUCCAAUGAGAUGGGUGCAAUUUAAUGAAUGUUUUAAAAAAUGUAAUUAUAUUAAAUAUAUAUUUAUUAUAUAUUCAUUAUAUUUGACAUGCCACAUGACCAGCAAACAGGUCUGGUAAAGUUGGACUUUACUCAGAGAAACAAUAAUGCAUUCAAUAUAAAAAUAGAAACUCUGUGAAUGGGGUGGUUAGUGCGCGCAAAGCGGAACAUGUUGAACAAAUCUCUGACUAUCAGGAGGUAGACUUUGAAAACACUGGAAAAAUAUGCCUCUUUUCCCCGGAAUGGAAUUAUUGACUUUCUUUCUUACUGAGAUUAUGAAGUUUAGGGACGAUUUAUCCCCAGUGUUGCCAUAAUUGUCAUACUUUCUAUACUCUUACCGCUUUUGAAUACCGAUGGUCCGUACAUAAUUUGAUAUUCUUUUGUAGAGAAAUCACUUGUUACUUUGGAAUUCCUGAUAUACGAAUUGGUUUCACUUCUGCAGCUUAUAGACUUGCAUAUCACAGGGCAACAUUUAUAGGUAAUAGUAAUUGUUGCACUGGAAGUCAGGAACAAAUAUGGUCGAUCUAUCUACCUGCCACCACUUCCUGUCAUGUAUUGCAUAGGACAGUCAAACUUCUUGUUUAACGUAAACUCUUGCAUUCUGUCUUUAUCUUAUCGUCUCUACCUCCUCCUUGAUUGCUAGCUUACACGAGCAGGUCCUUGUCCUUGUGUACCAAUGGUGGUAAUAUUUUAAUGCAUUCACACCAGUAACGCUAUGUCUUUGUUCUUUUAUACUUCUCUGUAACUGUGUGAUCGUGCACAGUCUGCUGUAUUUCGGUCUAUGGAGUACAUUAAAUAAAUAAAAGACUUGGGUGACCCUACUACACAGGGUGUCUUCUCAACAUUUACUUUCUGGAACUGAAGUUGUAUUGUUUUCAUUGUUUUCUUUACUUUUUUUUUUUCUAUCUAGAUUUGCUGAAGCCGGAGUCUGUGCCUGAAGGAGAAGAUGUGGCUGCUACAAUUCCUGAAGAAUUAUCAGAGGAAGAACAAGAGCAUCUCCGGAAGGAGCUUGAAAAGGUACCCGUUGCCUUGUGUGCUUAGUGGUCUUCCAUUGUAGAUAAUCACAGAAACCUACAGUGCAGUCAAUCCGUACUCCGUAAUGUGUCCGUCCAUCUUUUAUUCUAGUGCACACCAUAGCAGUUUUAUUAGUAAAGCACAAUUUUGAGAGAAAGUUCUAAAAUUAGUGUAGUCUCUUAAAGGGACACUAUAGGCAUCUAACAACCUAUUGGCAAUGCUCAGUAUGGAAUUGUAAGCACUAAAGAGAAUUGUGAAAAGGUUUGGAGUAACCCUAAUGUUUGCUAUUAUAUUGCUUUGAGUUCUGUGUCUGAAUGAAUUUUCCAAUAUAUGUAUUAUUAAUAUUGCUGGAGCCUGCAUGAGGAGGUGUGCUUUUUACCUAUGCUGUAAAAAAAUGUAAUCCCCUUAAGAUGCUUGGAAGAGUAAGGCAAAUUAUUAAUGGAUUAGUGUUUGCCCUCUCUAUAUCCUCAUUCCUUUAAAAUCACAUAAAUUAAUAUAUAGAAACGUAUUGCCCCUGUCUGUCUUACCUCUCUGUUGCUUAUAACUGAGUCAAUAUGUAAGUUUUCAUGCCUGUAACUCACCUCACUGUUCAAUUAUUUACAUUGUGUGUGUGCACCAUGAGUACCCACUACUUUUUUUUUUUUUUUUUAUUCUUCUUCAUGACAAAAAUAAGAACGCAGCUGUUCAGAAAGCUAAAUAAUAGACCGUGUGUCUUUUCAUUGGUGAAACCUCUUCUUAUGAUGUCAUACAUAUUCCUCGAAUAACGGCUAUGUGGUUUAUAGAUCCAUCUUACUGCACAGAAAUGUGGCAAUGGUUCGAUAGUUUAAAGUGAACAUUUUCUCUUGAUAUGAUUUUUGCAAAAAUAUCUUGUUUAAAAAAUAUAAAUACAUUUUUUUUCAUAAAUAUGGCAACCGAAAAGAUUGCACUCAUGCAUCUCUAUAUAUAAUAUUAUUUUAUUUUUUUGUGUGCAGUAUCUGAACAUAUAUCAUUGUUACAGUAGCAUAUGAAAAAAAGUCGAUUUGAUCUUCGAGUGUCCGUGUGUUCAUGAAAUUGGAAUCUGUGCAAUGUUUUAUAUAAUUAAAUGUUUUCUUACCGUGAUGAGGUGGGGCUGGCUUUUGCAUGCUGAGAUGUGAGAGGGUAGAUUAGAUGCUAUAUUUAUUGUACUUGCUCCCUAAAUGCCUCCUGCUUUCAGGUAGAGGAGGAAAUUCAAACACUUAGUCAAGUGUUGGCUGCGAAGGAGAGACAUCUGGCUGAUCUCAAACGGAAACUUGGAAUCACAACUUUGUCCGAACUGAAACAGAACAUCUCCAAAGGGUUACAAGAUGUUGCCUCCACAAACGUGUAUGUAUAGAGAAAAAGGCUUCACGUUUCUUCUUAACGGAAUUUCCGUAGCCAUACAUAUUAAAGCUGGAUACAUUUACACUGAAUACCUGACCCAGAGAGACGCUCUUUGACAUUUCUCAUUUAUUUUAUGCAUUAAUAGUGAUCAAUAAAAGGUUAAUAAAUAAUAAAAUUCCAAAAACAUAUAACAUUUAAAACAAAGGACACAUUUUGUUUAACUUUUGAGUAAAUGGAAACACAUUUUAUUUAAAUAAUCUGUUUAUUAGUUAACAAAAUAGUGGUACUUCAAUUUGAUUAAAUGUAAUCAACUAAAAAUAAAUUAAAGGGAAAUUUUGAUGACUGUUGUUCUUUAAGAGACAUUUUUGCAAAACGAGGGUCACCUAUCUCAUAUUGGACCACUGUCACUGGGACACAGCACAAGCAGUUGUAUGACCCAAUAUGAAAUGUUACUGAAUUUUUUUAAUAAUCAUGUAUUAUGAAUGGUGUGGUUCCUUUUCUCUUCUCUUUGCUUUUGUUUUCUUCUUUUUUUGUCUUGUUUUGACUCUUUCACUUGAAAUGUACUUGUUUGCAGAUACAAAAAGACAUCAGAAACCUUAUCUCAGGCUGGUCAGAAGGCCUCUGCUGCCUUUUCAACAGUUGGUUCUGUCAUUACAAGGAAACUGGAAGAUGUCAAGUAAGUGAAAACCAGUCUUUUUCUCAGAAUAUGUAACGUUUCUAAAUCAGAAUUGUGUCCAAGGAAAGCCCUCUUAAAGGUUUUGAAAGAGCUCUUCAGACACACACCAAUGUUAUAGGAAAUAUGCAGGUUUGUUUUUUAUUUUUUUCCUCCUAACUUGCCGUUUUUAUACUUUUUUUUCCUCCAAAUCAUAUACUGGUGUGAAUGAAAUCAUGGCUUUCUGGGAGUUGUAGUUCAGCAGUUAACAUUUACAGUAGGAGGAUAAUAGAACUACAAAUGUCAGGAAUGGUUGCUGUGCCUAUCAAACCAAUCCUACAGGAUAAGCUCUGUGAGACAAGUCACUGCCUGGUUUAGUGAAACCUGUCCAGCAGUUUUUACAAUAGAAAGGCGAUACUGAUGACAGACCUCUGAGUUGGCAAUGGAGUGACCAGGAGAUGCAGUUCUACUACUCUUCAUAGUAGCAACUGUAAUCUUACUCUUGCACAGAUGUCCCGUUAGGAAGAGUAAGUAUAUUUAAAACAGGAUCCUUCUUCCACACAAUUAUAAUUCCAGAAAUCAGCCUUAACUGUUAUAAUUGUUAAUCUUAUUGUGUAUAAUAAAGAGAAUUUUACAAUAAAGAGAAUCUAUAUUUAAUUGCACAUACAUAGAACAUUCUACUACUUCUGUCUAAAUUAUAUUCCAGAAUUCUGCAUAAUGUGCGUACAUUCAUUAUUUAGUAGAUGUUCCCCUUGCAAUGCUCAGAUCCGUAGCAGCAGAUGUUCCUGAUGUUUGAUAGUUCUGGUUUGACACUGUGGUUACAGACUGACAUUUCACUUUCACUCUUUGUCUGAUUUUUGGAUUUGUGAUUAAAGUUUAACUCACUGUUGGUUAUUAUAUAAAGUUAAAGUGAGCCUGUCUUGGCAGAAUCACAUUUUUGGCUUGCUGUUACUAAAAAACAGUGAAUACAUGAUUUUACCCAUAUGUUGAAUUGCUUCGGUAUUUGGAGAGUUAUUAAAUAAACACUCUUCAGUGUGGUUGACUUCAUUAGCACGUGAACCGAUUGAUGUGUGUCGUUCUGUUUUAUAUUCCUGUGUAAAACCAUGAGAUGCUUUUAGUUGCUAGGGAACAUUCACAUCAACUUCAGUAUGUAGCCCAACGUGCACUGUAGUUUCUCUAAAGGAAGAUUCGCUUCCUCUUCACCUGUCAAUCAACUCUUGGUGUACACUAUGCUGUCAGCCUAGACUUGUAUUCCGAGAAUUGUCAGCUAUCCUAAAUAUCUGUCCUGAAGAGUGCAGUUCUAGGAAGAGCUGAGAUACUUCACUCAGAUUCCCAGGAAUGUGGAAUAAAAUACCACCACCCUGAGGGGUGAAUAAGUAAAUUUGAUACAAAUAAAUUUAUUAAGAAAUUCUGCAAGUAUAAUGAAUUAUAAAGCUUUAGGUUUCAAAUCCAUGUUAAGCAUCACAGGGGCACUUUAAAGCCAAUCUGUCACAAAAAAAACACACAAUAAAUCAUGCUCUUAUUUAUUUAUUUAUAUAUAUAUAUAUAUAUAUACAUUCAUACAUACAUAGUGAUGUAUCUGUCACUGUGCAUGCUGAUGAUCGCGGUGUAUACCCCAUCUGUUAAUGUCUUCCAAUACCUUACUUGAGAUAUAUAUGGAGAGCUAUCUUGAAGACCCCCCAUUUUUGCCACUAACGUUCUGACAUCCAUCGUCUUAAGUUUUCGUUACUGUUUCAUUGGGUUUUGUUUUAGGAUCAUAGUUAAGAUCCCAUAAUAGAUUCCCAUUGACACAUUGUUUCACCUCUGUCUUAGAUUUGUCUGUUAUCGUGUCUGUUUUUUUUUUUUUGGGUGCAAACCUUUUUUGUUGUUGUUGUUUUUCUCAUAUCAUCAGGGAUUUGCAGAUGCUAAAUAUUCUUAGACUGCCUGUGGUGCAAUUAACCUACUUUUCCUUCACUAACUCUCGUUAUCUUUUCCCUUAAUGCUGCCUUUAGUAUUCGUUCUAUACAGCACUCAAUUAGCAUGCCUGCAAUGAGGUAAUGUAUCCCGUGAAACCAAUGGACAUAUACACACUUCUUUUUAUAAUGGGGUACAAGUACAGUUACAUUUGUUUCAGAAAUUAAGCUGCUAAAUAACAUACCUUUCAUCCCAAUCUGCAUCUAACCAUUGGAUCUAUGGGUCAGCAUGUAGUAAUAUUGGGUAACCUUAUAUUGUCAGCAUAUAGUAGAUACACACAAGGUACAGAUCUGCUGUGAUAUAACAAAGCUUAAAAUAUUUUGAAAAGUUUGAUUUGUUUAGAAGCUUUUAUUAAAGGAGUCAGUUUUAGAGCAAACCAGUAUAUGUACAAGUGUGUCUGUGUGUAUGUAAACUAAAGCAAUCUGGUAUAUAUAUUUUUUUUUUUCUUGUACAAAAUAUUCCUCUUAUAGGUGUGUAUGGAUAAAUAAGUUAUUGAUAUUUGGUACAUUUUAGUCUAUGAAUCCCUCCCCCUCCCCCCUUAUAGCCAUUUCAAAAUCUUGUAAUGAACAAGUGCACAGACACUCGUUAAUUUUCCAUAAAUGACUGUGACACUCAAAUUUAAAAAUAACUAAUUGCUUCAUUCAGAAGGUUAUUAUAAAAAAUGAAUUAAAAAAAAAAAUAACCAGCUUAAACGACUUGGUUGUUUUCCACAGUAGUCGCCUCAGUCUUUAAGUAUUAAUAACGCUGAUUUAGUUAAAGACUUGGCACAUGUAAACAAAACUGGCUAAUACUCAAUGUAUUUUUGUGGAUUCAAUAUUUAGAUUUUGUUAAGGGUGAAACAAGCCAUAGACAGUGACAAACACAGUCAGAACUGGAAGUCCAUUCUCUGGUUUUCUUUCUUUAAGAUCAGUGCGUUAUGAAGUCUUAUGUGAUUUAUAAAAAUAUGUGAAAUAACAUUGGUAAAAGAUGGACUGUAUAAGGAUGUUGCCUUGUGUGACCUCGCUCGAAGCAAGAACGAUUUAUACCGAUUAUAAUGAUUAUUGGAUUUAAAAUGUAAUAUAUGUGAUAAUCUUGUCUUGAUUAUAGUUGCUGCUGUUCAGAGAGAAUGACUGCCUUGUGUGCUAAUUAUUCCCGGUUGCUCGCUCUCUAGACUAAAAACAAAAAACAGGAAAAAAUAAAUAAAAUUGAGAGCAUUUAAUAUAGUGUCCAAUAAUGCAACAAAACAAUCCAUUAGCAUUACAGAUGGAUGUUUGUGGACAGAAGCAGCAUGUAAAUGUCUCUGCCCCCUGCUGCUCACUCAUUGUACUGCACAUAUUGUUUAAUGCCAGAGUGUGCAGCUGUGAUUCAUGUGGGAUAGGAAGUAUAUAUUCCAUCUAUUUUUUUUAAUUUUAUUUUAUACAUAUACAUAUAUCAUUCGUAUUUCAAUUUUAGGCCUGACUAAUUUGUUUGCCGUGCAAGUACCUCCGUGAAUGCAGGCAUGUAUAUGUGGAGUGUGCAUUUAUCAAUUUGGAGGGUGUAUAUAAAUUCAAGGAUAUAUUUGUCAGCGCAGUGCUGUAUAUGCACCCCUUUUCAUCACCCCCAAUGCCACUUCUUCUUCUCGGACAUGUCCAUUCUCCACGUAACCCUUUUUUACUUAUAAAUCGCUUUCCCGUUCGACGUGUACUUUCCGAGAUUCUCUAUUUGCUCACUAGAGAGCCAAUUCCUUGGUGGAACGAGCGAGCUAAAUAGAGAUGUGCUUUGGCUAGUUUAACCAUGACUACUGUGAGAGCCACUGGGAGCUUUGUGUGGCUGCAGUGUACCUAAUGACCAUAUAUCUGAGCUUCCAGAGCCCCUGCCAUGUAGCUACACAUACAGGCGACAAGCUGUAAGCAGCUAGCUCACCCUAGCUCAAUUACUUGCCUUAGUUAGAGGAAAUACGGAAACUCAAAACUGUGAUUUUGUAAUGCAAAACUGUUCAUCUUUGCUGGGGGAACAUAAACUGCAUCUAGCUCAGUUUUUAGUUUUGGUUAUUUACUCUAAUGAGCCAUACUUCAACCUCUGUAACCUUGUAUAUUUGGGGUUUUUCAUCCAUAUAUUUGACAUUCAUUUGAAGAAAAUGCACUAAUACAAACUUAUGAAAAUGUGUCCUCAUACAGAAGACACUACAUAAUGUCCAUUAAAUGUUUGUUGUUGCCAGUUCCACGAUCUGUAUCAUGGAACAAUAGGAAUAUUUUGUUAGUUAUUACCAAUGUUUACCAUCCACAGUAAGGACUAUUUGUGUUAAUUAUCUGUCUGUUUGUUUUUAUAGGAAUUCACCCACAUUCAAGUCUUUUGAAGAAAAGGUGGAAACUUUAAAGGUAAAUUUAUAGAAAUGUCGAGCAUUGUUCCUUAUAGCCAGAUGUCUCCUGGACAAAGCCAUUACCUAAUUAUUAAGAGAAAUAAUUUUGAUGCUGGUUUUGGGUUCUCAACCAUUUCGGCAUGGAACAAUAUAUUUAGAUAGUAAUGUGCUUAUUUUAACAAAGGGCAGCUUAACGGACUACCAAUUCAUUGUGGAAUGUAUGUUUUGUGGUGUUGGUUUAAAUGGCAAAUGUCAGUGCUUUUUGCUGCCAAUUUGGUACUCUAAAAUAGCAAUAACUAGAGGUCUGCAGUUUUGUUUAUACACAGACAGUUUGAGGAGCCAGACCAAGGAAUAUACAUAGUGCUAACCAGCCUUGUCUAAUUAUUUCUACAAUUCAAUGGGAUAUAACUGUAUGUUACUAUUUGUUUUUUUAACGUUUAGCAUGUAAGGAAAUAUUGACAUUGCUUAAAGGGACACUAAAGCCACCAGAACAAAUACAGCUUAAUGUAGUUGUUCUGCUGUAAAUAGUCGGUCCCUGCAGGCUUUUUGCUGUAAACACUGUGUUUUCAGAGACAACUCCAAUGGCCACUCCUCAGAUGGCUGCUAGAGACUUUGCUGCACGGCCUGGGACUUUGCUGCACAGUGUUCAGCACUGACAUUCAGUGUCCCCACCUUUUGCAUGGAGACACUGCACUUUCCUGAUCCAAUGCUUCUCUAUAAAAAGAUGCUGAUAGGCCAGGGUGGUGUUUGGCUCUGCCCCCUGACCCGCCUGCUUUGCUGAGAUAAUCCAAAUUAACUAUCUCAGCCAAUCCAAUGCUUUCCUAUGGGGAAGCAUUGUGAUUGGUUGAGAUUAUCACUCCUGAUGAUGUCAGCCACGGAGGCAGAUCAGGUGCAGAACCAGCAAUAGCAGACUGGAAGAAAGGUAAGAUUUUACUAGAUUUAGGGGAGCAAGGGGGUGGCCAGGAGGGUAGAUAAUGUUUUUCACACUACAGGGUCAGGGAUACAUGUUUGUGUUCCUGACCCUAAAGUGUCCCUUUAAUUGGAACUAGACUGCAAAAAUAUGUUUAAAACUGUUUGUCUGAAUCAAAUCCCUUUUAAUCCACACCCGAAUGAACGGAUACGUCCGGAUUUUGGAUUGUAAGCAAGGUUUAUGAGACUUGAAUCUAGUCCCACAUGUUGCAAUACAGCUGCAUUUUAACAUACAUGUUGAUCUGUUCUCUGCUCAUUUGGUCUAACUUCGUCUUACUUUUUUUCCUGUUUAGACCAAAGUUGGUGGCAGCAGACCAGCCACGGGAGAUUUUGGCGAAGUGUUGAACUCCACAGCAAAUGCCAGUGCCACAGAUUCUUUAACUGAGAACGAUCUGGAGACCCAGUGAGAUGUCUCUGUGUACAGCAACCAAUACUGCAAGAUGCUGCAAGAAAUGUGAAACCUGUCUACUGCGUUGUCCCAUAUCUUUCUUUCUUUGUAUCUUUAACCUAUCCUUAGAUGCUAGCCCUCUGCGUGCUAGAAGUGUGUGCCGUGUGCAAUUCAUUUCAUUAGCAUGAAACAGGGUUAACAACUUUAACAACUGAUACGUUUAAAAGCGGUUGUAUAUUUUUGUUAACACAAAGUUUUUGAUGUUUUUGUCUUCUUUUUGAUUUUGCAUCAACUUCAAAAUGUUUAUCAUCAUAUCUGCCAAAUGUUUUUUUGUUUUUUUUUUACACUGGAAGCUUUAUUAACUGUGUGGACACUAAUAAAAACAAAACAAACAUAAAAAAAUGUUGUAACAAUAAACAUGCGCGAUCCAUCUAAUGUAAACAAUAAAUUGCUGCCAUCCACCUGAUCCCAAAUUAAGAGAUACGGUUUAUUAUGAGAUAUCAAUGGGCUCUUUCUUACUUUAUUGGCAGAUCGUGACACUGGGGUUUCUUUAUUUAAACAUUGAAUUGCAGUGCAUCAAACAUCAAAUUGCACUUGUUAGACAAAAAUAGCUGAUAUGGAAAAAUGUAGCCUACAAUUCAGUUUUCAGUUUGCUACUGUUUUAGUAUAUUAAUGAUGUUGCCUAGUGUUCUGCUGGGGGAGGGGGGAGGGAGGUGUGGGGUUCACAGUUUGUGCCUCUGUGCUAAUAUUAAAUUUAAAAUGUCAUUAAAUGCUUGUAUUAUCAUUCCUACUUCUUUAAAGGGACAGUGUAAGCACCAUAAUCACUUCCCUGGUGCCAUUUCCAAAUUAUUAGGCACAUAACAUGCUCCGUUAGGGCACCUGCAGUCUUUCCACUCUGCACUGUAAUGCUAAAGUGGAGGUUUAUACAUCUAUACUUGUAUAUCAGCUUUGGACAUUAUUUGGUGGCUGAUCUGAAUAAUGCAUCCCAUUUUGCAAAUGUUCUAUUAACUAAGCCAGAGUUAAAACAAACAAACCUACCAAGCCACUCCACGAACUCCUCCAUCUCAACUGCUACACUGUUACCUGGGUCUAUUUCCCAUUAUAAGUGCAUUUAACAUAUGUCCUUUUUGGGUUAAUAGCAAGGCAUAGGUGCCAAAACUUAGUGUGCGCAAAGACAGGGCAUCAUUUUACUGCAAACUGUGUAGUGUGUGUUUUACAUUAACUCAGUGUUCAUGUACUGAGACUAUACAUGCAGUGCAGCUGAGCUCAUACUUUUGUACAGUACAAUAAAUUAUCCUCCAAAAAUCUUAUAAGUGAUUUUUCCAUCCUGCUUCCCUGUAAAUCGAUUUAAUACAUGCAGCACUUGAUGUAUUAAUUAAAACGAAUAUCCUGUCCGUUUUUUUUUCGUGUGUUUUUUUUUUUUUGCUUUUAUGCUGCUGUUGGCCAGUUUUAAUCUACCUUCAUGACUAUUCUGUAUGAUUCUCCAGUGUUAUUUCCCAUGCCUGGCUCAUCCAGAGAUUUGUAAAUUUAUGGAAAUCGCUGAGGGGUCCCUGCACACCAUAACUGGUUUUCUCAACAUCAGACGUAAGCAAUUCUACUCUGAUGAUUGCAAGUAGGAAGCAGGAGAAUUAGUGCUGAUUAUUACAGUGGCUGGUAACACGGCUAAUGGACAUUGUGUUCUGCAGAAUGAUUUUCUGGCUAUAAAGAACAUUAAAGGGACAUUCCAGGCACCCAGACCACUUCUGCCCAUUGGAGUGGUCUGGGUGCCAACUCCCACUACCCUUAACCCCUGCAGCUGUAAUUAUUCCAGUUUUCAGACUUUUCUACUAGACAGCCACUAGAGGGCACUUCUCGGUCCAUAGCACAGGUUUUGUGAGGACCUCCAGUGUCGCUAAAAUCCUCAUAGGAAAGCAAUGAAAAGCUUUUUCAAUGCUUUCCUAUGGAGAGGUCUAGUGCGCGGCAUUAGGUCUCCCCAGCCGGCGGGCAUGAUCAGUCUUCCCCGCCGGCUGACGUGAUGAAGGGGAGGAGCGGCGGCGGAGGAAGAAGCAGCGACGAGGGACAUCGUCGCUGCCUUUGGUAAGUGACUGAAGGGGUUUUCACCCCUUCAGCAACCGGGGGUGGGAGGGAAAGGGGACCUGCAGUGCCAGGAAAACUGUUUGUUUUCCUGGCACUGGAUAGUCCCUUUAAGGGCUAGUAUUGUUCGUUAUAACAAAAAUAAACCACUUCAUCUGUACAUUUCAGUAUUUUAUGUCACAGAGUUCAAAAAUACAUGUUCCCCUAUCAUCUUAAUGAUCUUGCCAUUUGGAAAUUAGAAUAACACCUCUAAACUAUAUUCUACAGUGUGUCUACAGCUUGCUUUAUAGUGUGGUGCCUUAAAAUCAAAUUUAUUUAAGUGACUUUUUAUUUUUUAACCCCAGUUACGUACUUAGACCAGAGCAGGCUGUUGCCAAUCUGUCACAUUGUGCAUGUUUUGCAUGUUAUCACUUUUUCGCUAGAAUAGGUGAGUCUGUGGAAAUUACAAAAUCACAGAUUUUUUUAAAAUUUAUACUCCAUGGAGUAUACAGUAAACUAAAAAAAAUAUAUAUUUUUAGGUUAUCCUGAACUGCAAAUUCCCCAUUUCAAAUCUCAACACAAUGCAAUAAUUCUUUAGGUACCAAGCUGUUAUAGAAGACAAUAAUUAGUUCAGCUUGUGGAUAAAUAGAAAUUAUUGCCUUUUUUUCUAGUGUUACUAUAGACAAAGCCUAUAGUUCUGUGCGAAAAUAUUAUAGGUAAAACAUGGAAACUACCCAGGCUAUAUAAGAAGACUGUGAUCUUGUCUAUCCUGGACUGUUCACAAAUCAUAGUAAGUCAUUGAUCAAUCCCCUUAACCCCAUAGAACAUAAUAGUGCAGCUUUUAAACAUGAUGCACACUGCAGUUUUGAUUCCUUACAAUGCCUGUACGGUCGUUUCUAUUUCUCUUGGCACAGAUGGGGUCUGGAAUUGCCAUUACCCUGCCAUUUAAUGCUUGUACCCUGUGUCCUCUCCUCCCAGAUCCCAAAUAGUGUACACUGAUAAACCACUAUUUCCAGGUAUGGUAAUAGUCUUCUGAAAUCACUAGAUAUACGUCAGCACACAUACUGUUGCCUAUAUAUUGUAAAACUGUCAAAUAAGCUCCUGGCAGGCUUAAGUGCCAAGUCUGAUAAUGUGUUUAAUUAGAUUUUAUUUAGAUUUUCUUACAAGUGCAUAUCCAUGAUCAUUUAAACAAAUAGGAGUUAAAUGACAGUAUCUGACAAUCAGUGUGCAUUUUAAUCCUUUGCUGUGCACAUAUGUUCAUAUGAAAACAAAAAAGUUAAAGGAUACUUUCCAAUACACAUAUUAAUGCCAUACAAAACGGCUUAUAAUAAACAAUGCAUGUAGAAGCUAUUUUUUUUUUUUUUUUUCAGUCUGGUGCAGGUUCACUGUUAAAACCCAGAGAAUAGGAUGUAUAAAUAUGCUUCAGCUGUGUAAGUACCUAGUAAAUCAUUAGAUUUUUAUGAUGUGGGAAACAUUUGUACAUGUUGAAAACACAUCUUUAAUGCAAUGCUUUGCCAAUAUUUUUAUUUGUGAAAUUAAUAUAUGGCAACACAUUAGUUUUGGUACCCUGAUAUAACGAUACAUGUAUGAAAGAGCUUUGGGGUUUAUUUGCUAAACCGUGAAUUGAAAACCCAAACGCAAAAUUCAGGUUGAGACCGCAGAUUUUGUGUAAAUUCUCCAAUUCAGCCGCAGGCUAUUUUGGUCUAUAUUUUACAAUUUAGUCUUUUUUGAAUACACUGCCGACAGCUUUACUGAACUUUAUUCAGUCAAGUGUGGAUUGUUAUAAAUUCAAAGUGACUUUCAUAUUUUAGUCAACAAAUGGCCAAAUUGGAAAACAUCCAAGUUAGGUUGUUUUUAAAUUUAGCUAUUUUGGCCUGAAAGUUGAAAUUCACUUUAAAUUAACAACUUUUCACACUUUUUACUAAAUAAACUGGUUUGUUUCUCUUUUGUCUAUUUUAUGGGAAAAUAGCAAAUUUGAUUUGACAGACUGUCUUACACUCUUUGAAUCAUAACGAAUACAGUUUGGUGCAUGGACACUAGGAAAUCAAAGUGCACAAUCUUUGUUUUGGUUCGGGUGUAUAGAAAUUGUUCGUAAAAGGUCGCUGCGGCUGGGACAGGUUCCUUAUAAAUAGUGAGUUCUACUGCAAGUUCAAUGUAUGUUCAUUGACAAUAACUGGCUCCUAUAGUCCUGUCAUAUGUACAAUAAUUUCCACUCUGUCUACGUCUUGCAAGACAUUUUGUAGUGAAUAGACGUGUGCAUUCUUAGGUAUGCAGCGAUAAUUACCCAACAUCGUAGCUCAUAAAUAAAUCAACUAUUGGAUUAAGAAUGUGUUUAGGUUGCAAACUGUGGCUGGCAAAGAUUAGCUGAAGGGCUGAGAACAGACAUCCCUAAUCGACUCUUGCAGGCCUAUAACGCAGAGGGGAGUUUAUUUCUGGUUCCCGAAUGUAUCAAGGGCUCACAAUUCUAGUGUUCUGUGGCUUGUGGAUUACUGUCUUGUCAUGUGUAAUUGUACAAAUGAUUUCCAUGCCAAAUAUAUUGUUAAAAAAUAAUUUUGUGGAAGGGCCUUUCUUGUUGUGGUGGCAAAAUGAUUUUACGAGGAUGUUUGUGAUAUCUGCCAAUCCUAAUUCCGUCAAAUAUUCUGGUUAAUAAAACACGUUUGUUCUGCAAUACCAGAUAUAUUUGUGGUGGUGUCUCUUUCUUGUCUUUGCCAAUUCUAUGUGAACUUGGGUUUGUGUGCUGCAUGUCUGUUUUAUAGAGAGAUCGUUC